CCUCGGCAUCAGCAACAGGUCGUCGUUCUCUCGCGCGCACCUCGUACGUUCUCUCAUUAUUAUCAGACGCGACCGGCGAACGCUUCAGUCUCCACGUUGGUGUUCGGUUGUGUGUGUUUGUGCAUUUUUUUUCUUUAUCAUAUUAUUAUUUUAUUGUUUCGUUCUUUCUGGGUUUUCAACCCGCCGUGCGUAUGUCUAGUACUCAUCGCACAAAACCAUAUUGCAGUAACCGCGUUUUGAACCCACGGGGAAAAUAUGUAAUACAACAACGAUCCGCGAGUUUUUUUUUUUAACACAAUACGUAAAUAAUAUAACAAUUUAUAUUAUUUUCCGCAGUGCGCUUUCUUCCUCGGUAUAUUAUUAUAUUUUAAUAUAACGCCGCCGUAACCGGACAACCGUACGUGCGAUUCGGGGUUGUUUUUUUUUUGUUUUCAAUCGAAUUUUUCGCCGUCCAGUGAACUCGAAUUUUUCUUCUUAAUUCAGUAAGAUAACGUAUAUAAAUAAUGUCCAAUAUGUCCUGUCAAGACAUGGACGCUCUAGGGAUAUACAUGUCUGGGGAUUUCCCGUCAAAACUCGAUCCGUUCAUGAACGACGACAUGAAGGACCUGUGGGAUUCGGAUUUGGAUCAGGUAAUUUUUUUUUUUUUCACCGGACUAUUAUAUUAUCAUAAAGUACUGAAAAUAUUCAAUUAUAAUGUGCCUAUACGACUGUAGUACUAUCGCUACUGUACGGGACCUCCAGAUUGCUACAUCCGGCUCGUAUGCACCCAAGUAGUCUCUCCGUUAUUUAAUUUAUAUUAUUUAUACAAAGUCAAUUUUCUUUAUGCCAUCCAUUUAAAUAAUAAACGAAACACGUUUUAUAUACACGCACGAAUUAUUAUUAUUAUUAUUAUCGUCUAUGUAUAGUUACACAAACGACAGGAAGUUAAAAUCCCGCUGAUAGUGCAUAACGUUGACCAGAAAACAAAAAAAAACCAAACAGUCAUCGAGUAGAGGUAUAUGUACGUUAUUAUUUCGCAAAAUCAAAUCGGCCAUAUCGCAUUCCAUCACAAUCGAUAUAAUGUUAUUAUUGUUUUGUGUGUACAGUUAUAUAUUGUAGACCGGCUGUGUGCACAGGAAGUUUGUACGUAUUAUUUUCUAAAUAAACCAACGGAAAUUUAGAUUAUAACGAUUAUUAUAUACCUACGACGGAGUAGAGAAAAAAAAUAGUGAUUUUCUUCGCGAUGUACUUAUUACCUUAUGUGUUUUAUUAAAUACAAAAAAAAAAAAUACUCGGAUAUCCUACACUGCUCUAAUAUCACCAGACUACUGCUGCAGGUCGUUUUUUUAUAUUAUAUUACAUUCAUGUAGGAAAGAUUUCCGGUCUGACGUACUUAUUGCAGAAAACGCCCACGGAAGAAAAAUGCAUAUGUAUUCUAUAUUUUUAAUAAAUUACAUUCGUAGUCUUUUUUUCACUCAUUUUAAACGUCCUAUCUGAAAAACAAUUUUUUCGUACACCCCUCCCCCCCCCGUCACUAAUAAUACAUAGGUACCUAAUAUAUUUGAUGAUAAAUAAUAAUACCUCGUGGUGUACGGAUGGAUUUGUCGGAUGCUAUGUGUGUGUGCAACCGUAACGAAAACCUGUUUUUAUUUUUUCAUCUGAUGAAAAAGUCUCCCCCAAUAAAUUUUAGGAUAGGUAAUAUUAUUAUUAUUUAUACUUAGUGACUAUUUUAUAUUGUGCGGUAUACAGGCAUUAGGAUUAGGUUACGUAACGUAUACAGAGUGAUUUUUUUUAUUAUGAACUAGUAAGGAGGAUCUCAGAGGGUUUUUUAAGUGAAUUUAAUUUCUGUUUAUUUCUAAUCAUUAUGGAAUCGUUUAAGCUCAAAUUUACAACAGUUUUCAAUUUUUACCCCUACUCCGUGUACCUUAAAUAAGUGCAUAUUUCUGAUUUUCAAAUAGAAACCCCCCCUUUUGAACACAGAUUUGAAUAGAGAAUAUUUUUCUAGAAAUUUUGAUAUGCAUCAUACUAAUAUCAGAUUAACCGUAUAUGAGUUAAAACAAUUUUAAAGUUUAGACCGAAGGAGUAUAGAAGGGUCAUAAAUCACCCUGUAUAAUAUGCGUUAUUUUUUCAUGAAUCAAACGGGGGGAGGGGGAGGGGAUACAUGAGAAAUUUGACUAAACGUCUUAGACAUAAUACCUAUACAUCCCGUCUUUUUUCUUCUUUAAAAUGUGUAUUUUGUAGUGUUGUAUACAUUAAACCUAUAUAGUGACAUUUUGUUUCGUAUAAUUUUCAGUAAACUGUAAGUAACAACAUUGUGGGCGGGCGUACAAUUAUUAAAAUUAUCACGCGAAAUCGAUCUUAUUUAAAAUACAAUUUUUUAUCUCGAGCACUGUUUGCGCGAUACGCGUGACCUUGAGCGGCGGUAGAAUUUUCGUUGAAUUUUUACUUACUACUUCCACCGCUGCCGCGACAUUGCAAUAAUAUUGUGCUGUCCACGAUUCCACGUACAGUCACGAAUGAAAAAUUUGAAAGUUUGACCGCCGCGUGUAGUAAUUCUUUCACCUACACCUUUCUUCGUGCACCGCCUUCAAAUAGACGGCGUACGGCGUGUGUGUGUAACAACCAAGGGGAACGUCUCGAGCGGUUGAAAACCGAUUAGUUUUUUCAUACAUUUCGUCCGAAUUUGGCCGUAAUAGUAAAACAAACAUAUUUCCAGCACCUAUAGUCCGAUUUCGGUUUGGAAAAAUGAUUUGACUUUGUUUGCUUUCUUUUUUUUUUAACAUAGGGAAAAUAUUUUCAUUUUUCUUUCCCUGCUACACUUUUAAUCAAGUACGAGUUUAUAUUUAAAGAAGAAAAAAAAUACUAAACUCGUCGUGUAUUAUAAUUAAAUUAAUUAAAUAAUAAUAAUCAUAAACUGAGUGUGUGACAUGCAUGAAGGUAAGGUUUUUAAUUUGUCUAAACACUCUGAACCUUGAAGAUUACAUCCUAGGGUAUAGGGUCAGUUUUGAAUUUACAAAAUUCAGUACUAAAAAACAGCGCAGAGGCAUUUGUUGGUUGGCGUUGAGGAUAAAUAUAUGUUAUUCUUAUCAUUUAUCAACAUUAUUAUUAUUAUUAUAAAAUAAAUUCAUAUUAAGUAUAUUAUCUUGAUUCAAUAUUAAUUUCUAGUUUUCGACACAGUUUAUUUAACGAUUUUUGUUCAUUUUAGAUUCUGAUCGAAACAAUCGCUAUAUUCCUUGAAGAAUAUUUUAAUAUUACAAUGAGGUUUAUUUUUUUUUAUCUGUGAAUAACUUCUACGAGAAAUCUGGCUCAGAUUUCUAGUAUCUUUUCUAGAAUAAAAUUUUAAGCUGGUGCAGUUGGUCAUUUUUUGAUUUCCCAUGUGUUUUUCAUGAUAAUUGUAAAAAAAACGAGAAAAUUUAUGAAAUGUAUUAUUUUCAAUUUUGUUGUUUAUUAUGAUUCAGUUAUAAAAUAUUCGUAGAAACUUAAAAUUUGGACACAAUACUUAUAUUUGCCUUUUCUAGUUGUGGUGAAGUUUUCAAAAUUGUUUAACUAUUUUUGAGCUAUUUAUAGACAUUUUAAUUUUACAAGUUUUGUACGUAAUUUUUAUUAGGUAGGUACUCUGUGGGUCACAAAAAUUGUUGGAAAUACUUUAAAAAUUUAACGGCAGAUUCAUUAUAAGUCGUAAUUUGUAGUAAAAAAAAUUGAGUGUAAUAAAGAUUUUUUUUUAUAAGAAAUUUAACAUCAAAUAUUGACGAAAAUCAUAGAUAUUUCGGUCUUUCAAAACAUUUAUUAAAUAAAACCAUAUAAACCAGCUCAGAAUCGUUUUUAGUUAGCAAUGAUUAAUCGUUGCGGCCAGAUACACAUUAAAUUCCCCUUUAUAUCCUACCUUUCCAACUUUUCAAUAAGUCUGUAUUUUUUGUCUUAUAUUCAAGAAGUCCUAAGCAUUAUAAUUAUCAUAUACUUUUAGUGAAUUUUACGACAGUUUAUUAAACUACGAAAUUGAAUCUUGACUUUGGUGAAUAAAAUCUAAAGACUCAUGACAGAAACGAUAAAGAUGAUGUAUGUAAUAUUUAUAUAACUAUAUAUAAAAUGAAAAAAUAAAAUAAAAAUGAGUUGUCAAGGAAAACCUGGAUGCCAAGCUGGGACGAUUUUCUCCUAGUGUGUACCUAACCUACCUUAGUAUAAUAAUAUACGACUGACAACGCACAUAAAAUAAUCUUGUGCUCUUAAACUAACUAGGUUUCUAUUAAUCAACUUGUUUACACUAUUGAAGACCUGUCACUGGCCUUUGAAACCAAUGUAUAUUAUAUAUAUAUAUAAUAUUAUAAUCAUUAUUAAUUAUAAUUAAUAAUUUCGUAUCUUCACGCGAGUUCGUGAAGUUCAUUUGCGAAAAUCAUAGUGAACGUAUUCGUAUUUAAUAACAACAUAUUAUAAUAUUGCAGUCAAAUCAGUGAUGUUUUAUACUUACGCGUGCGGUCCUCGAAUUUGGCAGGUCUGGUUAUAGACGUAAUAGUUGAAGAAUUCGAUUUGAAAAAGACUCUAAAUGUUAGAAAUGUUAGAAUCGAAGAGAAAGUUAACGGAUUUUUCUAUAUUAGAGUCGAUACCAGUUGAUUAUAUUCUAGCAAUUUCCCUUAGGUCUUUGCACCACUGUGUUCUAUGCACAUAUUAAUAUUAUUACACUUGUUAUACUGAACUGCAGGCGUAUCGAAUUAUUAUAAACAUUGAAUUUUUCUACGAUUCAGCGACCGAGUGAACUUUUGAGUUUGUUGCUAAUAUAAUAUUUAAUAUAAUUAUUAACUCGGUUGUAAUAUUCUUACCUAUAGUAUAGGUCAUGUAUUAUAUUUUUGUUUUGUUACAUACUCCCUACAUUUUUAUAUUGUAUAUGAUGAUUAUUGUAUCAUUUUAUAUUAUACGCUUUCGAGUCGUUAUCACAGUUUCCUCACCAUUAGUUUUCUUAUCAUUUUCAGAUGACUUUCCCCUACCCUAAAUCUGUGUCUGAUUGCAGUGAUAAUAACAAUAAAUUGCAAUAUAACAAAGUACAGCUGUGCCUUGUGACAAUAUCAUUAUAAUAUUAUUGUGUGUACCAUACGAGAUAAUAAUAAUUAGACGUCGACAUCGUUACAUAUAUUUUAUUAUAUUACUAUUCGAUACGGGUAUUUUCCAACGGUCCAAUGAUAAAAUAAUAUUGUGUGCCCCGGACCACCGGGGCCACACGCAUGUUUAUCUUUCGUAUUCGUAUAAAACGGUUUCGAUCGUAUAUAAUAACAGUAUCGUUCGUAUACCUCGUCCACCUAAUAUUAAAUUGAUAAAAAGAAAUAAAAUUGUUUUUUCCAUUAUAUGAGGGAGCCCUUAUUGUAGACAUCAUACACAUAUAGAAAUAUCAUCGUACGCGGUGUUGUAUAUUAAUGUCGCGUGUAAAAAGUAAAUGGAUUGUUUUUUUUUUUUUUUUUAAUGCCCUCGAUGAGGGCCGCUGCUCUCUUUAUCCGGGUCGUUUUUCUAUUUUCAAUGAACACUUACUAUAAUACACAUAUUGUAUUAAUGAUUGGAGCCAUGAUUUCGAAAUCCAGAGUAUUUUUUCUCCCGGUUACUGUACGGGGACAAUAUAAUUCGAUUUUAAAUGAAUCGAAUAUAACGGACCCUUUAAAAGGGAAUCCUCAGUAUCGGCAAACCGAGUUGCGUUUUUUUUUGUGGUUGAGGGGGAGAGAGGUAAAACCAGAUGUCGUUUUCGAAAAGGUUGGUAUUAAACUGCACACAGCCCCAGGUAUCUGAAAGAAAUACUGUUCUUCGGACGCAUUUUCGAUUUUAAAGAUUAAACGCCGUGCGUGUUAUUAACGUGUGUGUGUGUGUAUGUGUGAGAUUAAAUGUAUUUAUUUUUUAUUUUUAAAAUUAUUUUGAUAUUGUGAACAGUGUAAAAAGUUGUGUAAAUACGAAACGGUUUUUGAAAUACCCUGAAUUCUUGGUGUAUUUCAGAAUUUUCCCAUUUCCUGUUUCGAAAUAUGUUUGUUUCUAGGUUGAGUUAUUUUAUAUAACUGAUGUAGAGAAUGUAGAGCAUUUUUCUAUGACUCGCGUUUACCUAUCGCAUUCAUUUAAAUUCCUUGGACUUUGCUUAUUUAUUUUCAACGUUUUCACUGUUUUUCCGUUUUCGAAUCAUUUUUUCGAUGACAGUAUAUUGCGGUCCAAAGUUAUCGGGGGUUAUUGAUAGUUUCGCGAUCCCGGUAAAAUAUGACAAUGUUAAAAAAAAAAUUAUAUAUAUAUAUAUAUAUAAAAAAAACAAUACCGCGGUACAUUGCCCUCGUACGGUUUUUACCAGCCGCUAUACAAUAUCGUGUUCAAAACCAGUAUGAUCGAUCGCGACUUCGAGUAUGGGACAAGUAUAGGUAUAAUAUAUCUAAUAGUAAAAUUCUCCGAAAUCCCGACGCGUUUCGACGGUCGCGGUCGUCGCGUUAUCUGAGCGAAAACACGAUUGCGCGAUGUUUUUGAAUAAUAUUACUUGUAUUAUAAUCGUUAAUCGAUGGCUUCCACGGAAACGAACAAAUAUUUUACGCCUAUUACCUAUAUAAAUAAACGUUUUAAUGUGUUUUUUUCUUCUCCGAGACAAACGUUUGGAUACGCCGCCGGUGUCUGCUGGGAGCUUAUAUUACAAUGUAUACGCUCGCACACAUCACGUCACACUGCAUUUUUAAAUUCCGAGUGUUUAUUUUUUUUUCUUUUUCAGAAUAUUCCCUGACUAUUAAAUGUAUAUUGUAUGGUAUAUUAUAAUAUAUAAUAAUAAUGUAUAUUUAUUUAUUAAUUAAAUACUGUCGCAGUGUCCGAUAUUUAUAAUUUUUCCGUCAAUUUUGGACAUUUCUAUAGCUGUUCCACGACUGGACUAAAUCAGCUAACACUAGGAAAUUUGAUUUAUUUUGUAGGUUUCUUGAAGUGAUAAAAGUUGUGUUAAAUUUCAAUAUGAAUUGUGGAGCGUUUUUUUUUUUUUAGUUUUGUGCUUAUAUCACUUAUAAAAAUAUCGAUAAUUUGUUACCGUACAUUUUAUUUUAUUAGUGUUUAAUGAAGUUCAAAUUUGUAUGACAAUCGUAAAAAUCACAUGGCAUUUCAAAACACGUAUACAGUUAUAAAUUAAGUUACCCAUAUUAUAUCCUACCUUCCCAACUUUCCACCUACAACAACUGCAGUUGCAGUGACGCACACAACGGGAUAUUUUUUUUUUUGUCUUUUGUUCUGUUACUUAUAUUAUAUAGCCUCUGUUUUUUUUUUCUGCGAAAUCAUACAUUUAGAUUACAACAAAUAGCUAGUACGCUCAUACACAAUGCAUAAUGCGGGUCAACAUUAUGCGCGCAUUGGAAAAACUGCAAACGGUUUUGCAUAUUAUUUUAAUCAUGGCCGCCUAUGCACAGUGCACACAGCCGCCCGUCGCAGAGUCGUUCGGUAAUCGCCAACGCUUUCCCUUUUUUCCACCCGUUUCGUAUUACUAUACAGACGAUGACUGCUCGAAACGAUCGAAUUACCGAUUUCCUGUAUAAAUGCGUACCUAUAAUAUCUGUAUACCUAUGCGUUUACGUAGUUUUUUUUCUCAAUAAACUAUAGAAAAUUUACAAUAUUUAUUUGCUCCAAUUUUCGUCUAUCUACAGGGAUUUGGGUUUCCAGUACUUUUAGGCAAGAUUCGUCUAGUCGUUGGCAUUUUGAGAAUGUGCACGUUUGACUGACAUGAUUUCGAAAGUAUUUCGUCUCUUUUUCGUGUUAAAUUUAUUUGAAAUUGUCUAGUUUUUUCUUCUCGAUUUAUGCGUAUAAAAAUUUGUUUGAUUAAAUGUAAAUGAAUAUCGAAAAUCAGUGUUGUUUAAAUUUUACUUUAGCUUGUUGGUCUAAAACGUCAUAUUCGUCCGUAAAAACGGCAGUACACCUUUCCCUUAAAUGGGUAUCGGAAAGUAGAUUAAUGAAGAAGUCCUAAAUAAUAUUAAUGUGGUCAUUGAAAGGUAAAAAAAAAUAAUUUUACAAAAUUGCAGAAAUUUGGAAAACUGUUUAUUAAGUGCUGAAAAACCCUCUUGAUACUAAAAUUUUGACGAUACUCGUAAAUACGAUUUACUACGAAUUCAGUAUGAUUAAAAGUUGCCGAAUAACACGAUUUUCAAUAGGUAGCGAUUUUCGCCACUUUGGCUGGUGAUAUCCCACUACGUUUUCCGACGGAGAUAACAUUAAUUUUGUCUCGUCGAAUACUUAUUUCUUGCUGUACAUAACUUUACUAUUAUUAGUUUUUUGAAAAAUAUUACGAUUUGUGUCAUAAUAAUAUUUUUGCAGCAGCAGUUUAUACAUCGAUGACAAUAAUAAUGUAGCUGUGAGCGUCUGUGUAUUUAUUAUUAUUUUUUAUGGUUAUAGCCCGCCGAGUAUAAUAUUUACGCACUGCGAACACGGUUAAUAAUUUUAACAUUAUUAUUAUUCGGAUUUUUUUUUUUCUUGCGGUUACGCGGUACACAAACGCUAAACCAUAUUGCAGCCAUAAUAUGGUAUUGCCCGCAGUCUUCGUUUGUUUCGGAUGUAUUGUCCUGCGAGAACACUACUGCUAACGUUGUCGUUCAAAUGUUAUCCUCCUGGAAAAAAAAUAAUUGUAUUUUGAUAUUGAAUCUUGAUAUUGAACGUACUUUUCCGAUAAAUCGGUUUAGUUGUCGAUAUCCGUAGACGUUGGUGUUCCAAAAUAAUAUACCGCCUUCAAAAAUAAAAAAAACCUUUUUUCUGCAUUAUUUAGCCCGAGUUUCAUGUAAACUGUUGUGUGCAGUCAUCGUGUUCUCUCAGUUUCCUCCGUAUGUAUAGUUCGAAAUAAUAUUAUAUGCGCGGGUUUGAACGCGUUUUAUCAUCGAAUUUUAUACUUAUUACUAUUAUUAUGUUGACCGUAGAUGAUAUUUAAUUCUCGGAUAAAACGAAUUCGUAAUGUCUAUUCGACUUCGGGUGUCUAUUUUUAACAACUCCCCGUAACCGGUUAACGAGUCAACGUUUAUUUUUAAGAUUUACCGGAUAUUAUUUAUUGUGCCUCUAGUUAUUUUGUAAAUAAUGUACCACCGCGGUUACAAUAUAGUAUAAAUCACCAUUUUUUUUAAUACCUAUACAAAGCGUCGGAACAUUUCAUAAUAUUAUAUGAUUCGUAUAAUAUUUACGUAAAUUGUAUAACAAAAAUAACCGUAAAAUAUUAUUAUUGUCUUUUCGGAUGGGAUGGGCACAAUCGUUCGAAAAUACGAUAAAACGAUAAAUAAUAUGGUCACUUUGAAAUAGCAACGAAAGAAAACUCAUAGUUCUGGAGAGAAAAAUAAUGCGAACAUUUUUUGGACCUAUAAAGGACAUGCCAAAAGGUGAGUGGGGAGGAUAAGGAAAAACGAGGAAUUAGUAAUAUUUUUCCGUAAAUCCAAUAUACUGGAAACUAAAGAUUACAAUCACGAACUUGCUUGGCAUUGCCAAAAUCCACUCAAACGUAUUGUACCUGUAUUAUAGAAAAAUAUUCUAGGAAUUUUUUUUUAUUCCGAUUGUCGUCCGGCUUAACCGUAUAGGCACGCGUAAUUUUUGCCGGGCGAUAACGUCGUGAUUUUCCGUGGCCGUCAGUCGUGAAUAUCUCAAAUAAUUUACAUUUAAAUGGGGCGCAAUAUUCUGUAGGUAUACACCUAAUACAUUAUUGUCCACGAGAAUAGUAAUUCGUGGUAGUCGACGGCGGACGAAGGAUUUCCGCACGAAUUCUUCGCCGCGGCGGUUCUCACGAUAGGUACCCAUUUAAGGUGCCUGCGAUUACGCACGCACCUGGUGCGAAACGGCGGUCACCGCGACAGUCAGUGGGUGAGGUAGUCGCAGGUUGUGUAAUUUACUUGUGUGAAAGUACCUAUUUAUGUCUGCGAUAACCGUUAUCAUCGACGGGUCCGUUUUUCGUCGUCGGGGUGAAUAUUCAUCGGGACCGACGAUUGGCGCGGCGGCUACCGCUCUAGAACGUCGUAAUCUAUACGACCUACCGGAAGUAUAAGGAAACGCUAAUGGAUUUCCAGUCUCUCGCUGUGCGCGAACCCAUCGUAAUAAUAAUAUAUACGCGCGUACGGUUGUAAUUUUUUUUUCUUCUAAGUAUGCGCGUGCGUGUGGUUUAUAAUAAUAAUAAUAUAUAACGUCGUUGCCGCUGCCGCCGUCGUCGUCACGGGCCGACCAAGGUCGAUGACUUCUAAAAAAAAAAAAAAAACCCGUGAAGCGUACAACAUUUUUCCCCCUGGGCCUCACCAAACUCUAUACACUGCUAUAGUAGUACUGCUAUUGCUACUAUUACUACUACUACUCCUACUAAUACUGCUAUUACUAUACUUGAUAAUAUAUACUAUAUAUAUAUACACACACACACACAUGCUAUAUACUUCCGAACUUCUCACGUGCUGCGGUCGCGGGAUUAUAAUAUCAUUAUACUUGUUGGUACACGAUAUUGUGGAGGAAUAAAAUCCAGUUUUUUUUUUUUUUCUUGUCUUCGUCUUUUUCGGCGGCCGAAAACCGGUCAGGGAUAGAGUUUUCGGGAUACCUGUCUUUGUGGGCGCGUAGGUACAAUCGGCCGGGCGUUAUUUCGUUUUCGUCAUCGAUAAGGGUGCGCGGGAAACGUCCGCGACGUGACGUGUGUGUCGAUAUCGUUAACGAAAAUCGAGGCGCUCUCCUCCUCGCGCGCGUAAUACCUGUGCGUUUUUCUAGAAAAUCCCCGCGUGACGUCACGCCGGUCGUUGACGCCGAAGUUAUACAUUAUUUUUCCAAGGUCUAGUGUAGUUGCUGCAGCUCGCCCGUGCUCGGCCGCGCGGCUAUACAGACUGUGUGUCCGCCGCACCCGCGCGUGCGCGUGUGCGUGUGCGAAGACCGCGGCGUUCGGUUCGGUCGCCGCGUAUAGAGCUGCACAUCUAUACGCGCGCGUCUAUAUAACGCUAUUAUCUCUGUCGAAGGCCGACCGGAUUCGACACUCCCCGGUCCGCGCGUGUAACGGAAUUGUCAUCACGUACGCGACGACGACGACGACGAUGAUGCAGACACGUCUCGUUGUCUGGGUACGUGUGUGCGCGGUGCCGAUGUGCGCGCGUAUAUUAUACAAAUAUGAAUACCCUAUAUGAUCCGGCGUGCGACCGGAGACGCGCAAAACGGCUGUGACGACGGACCCGCGGUCAUCGUCGCCGUCCGGCCGUGCUGUGGCGGCGACGGCGGUUACGCGCGCGCCGAUCUUUUGAGGCGUCCUCCGGGGAACAGAGACGGAGAGACUUAGAGAGAGAGAGAGUGACAGACGGAGAGACCGCGCAAUCCUCGCCGUCGCGAAAGAUUUUUCGGCCGUCCUCGAGAAACGUAAUGAUAUAAUGUGGUGCGGAGGGCGUGAAAUCGGUUUUGCGGUACCUACUCCUUUACGUACACGUAGUGCAUCGUGGCGCUGGGAAAGCGAGCGAAUAAUUUCUUGUUCGGUUCAAGGGGAUGCCGAUCGUCGACCUCCCCGUCAAAUCCGCAACUGGUUUUAAGGACAAUAUGAUAUACGAAAAAAUGUUCGACGAAUAGAGUAACUUACGUCGGAUUUUUGGUAGAAAACCGUAAAAAUACGACCGAAACGAAUACGAAUAAUUAUUAAGGUAUAUUAUGUUGAACAAUAUUUGAACUGUAAACGCUUGUAAAUAAUGAAUAUAAAUAUGAAUUUAAAUAAUUCUAGAUAUUUUUCAUAUUGAACAAUUGUAUAGAUAACUCACUUUACAUUAUAAGUUUCGUUUGUUCAAUGUAUUAUUAUAUGAUACAAAAUCUAUGUUAUUUCUCUUUUCGUAUUCUCCGUGGGAUUUCAUUACAGCCGAGUUCGUAUAUUUUUCUCAGCACUUUCCUUUGGGAGACGAUUGCAGUUUCUCCUCGUCUCCCUCGAUUCGACCACGUCCCGCGAGCGUACAUACAUAUUAUGAUAUUAGGUCAUUUGGUCGACGGUAAGCUAAGUACGUGUUUUUUUUCGGUCGUCCUUGACAGGAUUCUUGAACUUUGAUUAGUUAAUCCUAAUAAUACGUUCGACUUCAUUGUGCGUAUUGUUCCAACAUCGAUUGAAUGUUCAUUCUCGCGAUUAUCGACUUGUUAGAAAAUGCGGUAAACUGCAAUAGGUUUAUAAUAUAUCAAAUGCAAUUAAAAUUAAUUAAUGAAAAAUAUUAAGUGUAUUAUAAGUGGUAAAUAGCUCAGAGAACGCGCGUCCAAAGAAUAGACUUUUUUUCCCAUUAUGUUUUAAAAUAUGCUAAACUACGUUAAUGAAUGGCGAAUUUUGUAGGGGUCACGGAUAUAAAUAUUAUGCUUGCACGGCGGAACUGUAUUGGAUUAGAUUACAGCGUUGAUCAGUUCCGAAUGUUCUUAUCAAAUUCAACAAAAAGUUGCGUCCUACUUUAUGAGAUUAUGUUGAAAAAGUAAAUGUAGAUAAAUACUAAGUAUUAUAAAUGAACUAAUUCAAAUUUUGACAAUUUAAUCUAUUUACUCCUUCAUCAUUUGGCUAUGUAAAGUAUUAACUUUAUCGGACUGAUUAAAAUAUAUAGCACAAACACGAUAAUUUUUUUUUCUAUUGCAUACCAAAUGAUGUUUACCAUAAAAGUUUUAGAAAAUUCAUCUUUUGAUACAGUGAAAUAUGCUUUAAAAAUAUUUUGAGGUUCACGCACGCAAUAUAUUUUUAGCAUUUUAUAUAAAAUAACUAAACAGUAUACAGAAUAAUAGUAUUCAAGAAUACUUAGUAUAUAAGUUCGACACAGUAAUUAUUUGAUAAAUAUAGAUAUUAAAUAUUAAUAAUAUUAUUAUAGAUAAUCUAUAAUCUAGAUAUACAAACUGUAUAAUUUAUCAAUUGUAUAUGUUUAAUAUACAAUUUCGGGAAAUACUCAAAUAAUAUCAAUUAUAAUAUUAUUAUCAAACUAUAAAAUAUAAAUUAUUUCUCAAUCAUGUAGUAAACUCGAUAAUACAUCUUUGUUAUACAACCAUGGUAUACCACAAUAUGUUUUACAUUACAAUUAUUGUAUCGAGUCCCCGAGACCUCGUUAACAUACACAAAACUCUGGUUUCGAUGCGACAUGCCGUCGUAUAGAUCAAGAGAGGGGACUUUACUUAAUAUUAUAACCAUACUAAAAAUAUUAGGGUGGCGCUAUUCUUGAUAAGAACAUUUGGUGCUGUUUUAUUAUUGCUCGUUGUGCAACCAUAUAGUAUCUAUAUACGUGAUAGGGCGCCAGGGUUCCGCCGACCCAGGCGAUACCCCAGUUCUCUCGGAGUGAUAAGAUUUUAUCUCGGAAUGACAAGAUUUUCAAAUUCAUAAUUGCCAUCUGCGAAAAGUAGAAAUCCCAUUAGUGACGCCAACAAAAUUACGAAUACUAUAUAUACAAUAGUAUUUUAGAAAUACAUAUUAAAUAAAAUGCAACGUUAAGUCCGGAUGAUUUAAAAGAACUAUAGAUAUUAUAUGAUAAUAGGUAACGUGAUAAUGCAUUAUAUUUUAAUUAUUGAGAAUUCCUAAAAUAAGUAAUGCGUGAACAAAUCGGAGUAUUUCUACUAUCCCAAAAAAGUAUUGUUCGAAAAAAUAAAUCAAACUUCUUAAAAUCGAGCAUUUCACACUUUAAAAUGAGACAAAAUUUUUUUUAAAUAUUUUCAAGGAAUAAAAUACUUUUUAAAAAUAUUCAGAAUAUUUAUAUAAUAAUAUAGAAUACCAGCCAUACCCGGCGAAAUAAUUUUAUUUAACUCCCCUUCCUAAAAAUAAAAAAAAACCUUGGUCCUUAUUAUGUAGGCCCUAAAUGUGGCCCCUCGAAAAUAGCUGACCCACAGUUAUCGAACUCUAGACCCGCUACUGUCGUUAAUAUUAUUAAUUUAUGCACCUUGGGUACCAUCAUUAGUACUGCAGUUGCAGUAUGUACCCAGUUUAUAUUAUUAUAUAAACUAUAAAAAAAAAAAAACGCGUUCAUCGGAACGUGCUAAUUGGUUAUUAUUUUUUAUAAAUAGACAUCCGUAGAGGAGUCCGCUAAUUCGACGAAGACAGUACCUAUAUACUGUUAUUCCCGUUAAUUCGGGAAAAAAGCGCAUCAAUAAAUUGCCCGUGAACUAUUUAAUGGACCGUGUUGGUUUGUUUAUCGGAACCCGCGCAGUUUGUUUUUUUUGCGAUUUCUGCGUUUUUAAACGAAUGCACAAGUAAAAUAAUAUUAAUUUAACAAGAUAAAACCGCUCGCUAACGAGAAAAAUCGCAUACUACACGUGUUCAAAUAGUUCAACGUACCUUUGCUCUACGGUUUUUAUGGCAGUGUAUGUAUAUAAUAAUAUGUACUCGUCCUGCAGGCGACUCGAGAUGACGCGAUAACGUUCAUCAAUAUAUCGUUUAGAAUCGACAUUUUCAAAUGAUCGUAACAUUUCGAAAAAUAACUUUUAAAAAAAGACACUCAUAAGCAUUGCCCUCCGAAACAUUGUUUUCUUUUCAUUUUGUAACGGGCGAUUUGACUCUGAAACUAAAAUCAAGCAAGUUCAACGCAGUCUGACGACGAUUUUGGUAUAUUUAUGUAGUUUUUUUGUUAUUAUGUUUUUUUUUUAAUAUUCGGUGGCACGCUUUAUAUAAUAUUUUCAUUAUACAGGUAUGAAUUUUCACACAGUGUCAGUGGACGCCUUGUUAUUCGUAUAUACAACAUGCGUGUUAUAUAGGUGCGCGAAUUCGUACCGCGGUGGAAAAAAAAAUCCAUCUAUAUUAUUGUGAAUGAUAUUACAUAUAAAAUCUAAACACGUUCACCCGGCUAUUCAAAAAGGAUGGGCACCUCGUCAAAUCGCACACCGGCAUCACAAUAAUAAUAAUAAAAUUAUAUAUAUAUCGAAUCGUUUUAUUAUUAUUAUUCUCAGCUCCGCGACCGAAAUGGAAUGCCAGUUACGUCGCCCAUAUGCCCGGGACGUUUGGCGAUGAUGUCAACCGGCCGACAUAUUAAUUCGAUUAUCAAACACGAGACUAUGUAUUAUAUACCUGAUGGUAUACGGCGGGCUUUUUUUUUUUUUACAGACCCCAAACCGAAACGUGUUACCCGGUCGCGGUUAUUGGAGUUGUAGGAAUUGUACGAAAUAUAACCUUACUCACUGUUGCCUCGAAUUGAAUUCAUAAUAUAGUGUCCUAAGCGUGAUCCUAAAACUCGUCGUUAUUACUCUAUAUAUACGACUGUAUAUAGUCGAUACAUGGUUAUUCGGGGUCCAAAAAAUACACAAAUCACGAUAAGAAGUUUCUUCAUUGGUGUUAAUCUAAAACCUAGUCUAUGGAAAACUACGUCUGCAGGUUGCGUAUUUACGCACGGUAUAAAUAAUCGCACACCGGGGGCUCGGAUUGAAGUGUACACGCGUCUGCGGUUCGCGCAAAAACCCCCCUUGACUUUUCUGAAGUCUACGGUGCAGCGGCCACGUUAAUGCGGCGGAAGGACGACUCGAAGCGCCAAUUUCGCCCCGGGAUGACUUUCGGGUGUUAUAAAUCGGUCGAUCCGCGCGGGCUUUCGGGUCCGGGGAAUAAACCGUCAACACUCGAAAUGAUAUUCGGGUGGUCAAAUCGUGGGUUUUCCUAUUUUCACGCCGCCGCGACGGUUCGUUUUAACACGUUCGCACGAGAGACGCGAACACCCGUGACACUGCAGCUGUGUGUAAAUAGAAAACGCGAACGAAUGAAAAAUCCCCGGAGAAGCGGCGCCGCACUCGGUGAAAUCCUAUCGUGUUUAUGACGUUCGAACCACGUGCGCCGGCGAACGAUAUACGUUGUAUUAUUUUAUGUAUACUUAACAUUCUUGUUUAAAACUAUUAAUGUGUAUUAUACUCGUAUCGGUUUAAAAAGAUCUCGAGUGGCAUGGGCGCCCGAAUCUACCGGUACGCGUGUGUUCGUGGAAUGUGUAAUAAUCGAUUUUGAAGUGUGUUUGUUGUGGAAUUGUAGAAAACAACGACAAAUAAAAACCCCGUUCGAACAUAUGCCAGCGAUUAUAUAUUAUCAUAUAUCGGUGCCUAUAUCAUAUUAUAUAUAUAUAGAGAGAGAGAGUUUAGUACAACCAAUACGAUACAAACUGUUGUCGGACUAACGUCGAUAGAAUAUUAUUAUCGGGGAAGGGGUGGGGGGGCUAAACCACCCCCGAAAUACCGUUGGGUUUUCUACCGCCGUGGCGCCCCGUCCCCGCAACUGAAACACGUGUGGUGUACCGUUUUCGGUAGAACGUUGGCUGGGUACAAUGAUAAAUAUAAUUGCGUGGGCGUUUCACGCCCGUCCUGCGGAAAAUUCUGCCGGAAAAUUAUCCGAAUAACGUCUCUGAGGACGUUGUCGAAUAGCACGGGCGGUGUCUCGCACGCGCGCACCCACGCACGCACACGCACUAGCGUGGGCGUUUACGCACAAAUGCGCUGAUGCGAUACUAUUAUUUUUAUUGUAUUAUACAGGGUGUAAUUUUGCGAGAUAUUAUCACGUGACGAAGACGGCACAGACGGGGCAUCCGUGGAAAAUAGUAAUUAAUAUAGUUUUUUUUUUAAAUGCGUAAACUUUUCGGGCCCCCCAUCCGCUUUAACCGCAAAACACAUUGAACGUCGAAACUGUCAUCGUCGAUGACUAUUCGCCCGUUGUUAAUUCGUUAUCUCGACUUUUCUGCGUCCAUACGGUAGCAAAGUUAAUCCGCGCGUAUUAUGUUUUAUAAUACUUUAAUAUUUUGUAAUAUUAUGAUAUAAGUCUAUAGCCGUGAAAUACGCAAAUUCUCGAAUUAGCAGUGUUCGAAUAAAUAAUAUUUUCGUUUUACAAAAUAAUAGCAUGUUAGAAGCAAAUAACAUUAACUCGGGUUAUGUAUUUUUAUUGUAUUUAAAGUCCAGAACGGUCGCUCCGCAGUAGAAGAUCGUCAUAAUGACACGUUUUUCGAACUCUGAUAGAAUUAUUGAUCGCGAAAUCAAAAGUGUUUGGUGUAUAGCGUCUCGCGAGUUGUGAACCUAGAGCGUACUGGUCUAUUGGGGGCGAAUAAAAGUCUAAAAGUUUAAUAUACAGUAUGUUUCGGCGCGCUUCAGUUCGAGUGAAAGUGCAUCUGUUUUAAAAUGUUUGUAAUAAAAAAAAAAAAAAAAAAAAAAAAUGGACAAAUAAGUGGGGAUCUAUCCGCCAUCUCCCUAACCCCCGAAAAUACGUUACUGCAGGGACGGCGCUAAAGGCGGACUGUCGCUCACCCAGGAUAAAUUUUCACCAUUUACCCCCUUAAAGCCGUGCACUAAUAAUAUUUGCGCAUGUAGGAAUUUGUAUUAGUCGAAUUAUUAAGGGGAUCGCCUCACAGCUAUCCAAUAAGGGGAAAAAUAUAGGCAAUUUUUUAAUCUUUUCGUCGCCGCUUGCCGCAUCAUCAGAGCGAGUAGAUAAUAUUGUUGUUAAAUUUUAAUUUUUGAAAAUUUGGGCACCGAUGUAUUCAAUAUGUCACGUGUUAUUAAUACAGUGUUCACUGGUAUGCAAUUCAUUUAAUUGUUUUUUUUUUAUUGAAAAGUAACAUUGUUGUGCUCGUCCCUUCAAAUAAUGUACUUGCCCUUUCCUGUCCGUCCAGGCAAAAAAUUCUGGUGCCGUGUCUGCGUCACUGUCGUAAAAUUACGCCGGAUCCUGUAUAGAAUAUUUAUUACAAGAACGUUACGCGCACGGGAGGGUGUAUCGUACGUUGUACACGCCACCCCGUCGCCUAAACCUCCGCCUACACUCGCGCGGUUUAAUCCACAAAAGCGCGCGCGCGUGUGUGUGUGUGUUUGUGUACAGAAAUAAAACGCAAAGUGCCCCCUCCCCCGCCGCGACCCACGGUGUCGUCGCCGUUCCGCUGCAGUCGUUGACGUCAUGCAGGGAUCGCGCGCGUCCCACAGAUGACGGAGGCGAGACCGGCCGGCCCACGAUAACAACGUAACGGUUUCGCGGCGCCGCAGUCACCGUAAUCCGGCGGCGACGGCGGUGUCGUCAUACAUUCGUACGUUCGUAGAAAAUCAAUUAUUGUUGUCAACCGCGCGCCGCGCGGCGUAGUGAUAAUUAAAAUAUGCUUGUCGCCGCGCGGACGGCGGCGUCGACCGCGGGCGGACAAGUGCCCGACGCACCAUAAUACAUGAUGUACCAUUAUAUUGUUGUCGACGCGCGUCCAUAUUAUUAUUGUCGCACGGGCGUACGCACAGAACGGUGACCGAGGCACCGCGUGUUGCGCGUGUACGCCGAAUUAUUUUAAUGUUCUUCACGGAGAUUUCGUUCGGCCUCGGUGUAGACAAUUUCGAGAAAACUUUUAAAACGGUACAAAAUGUACCGGUGGUCGGCGGCGCGCGAGACCACCAAUAUAACCGGUAUUAUUCUCGGAACGGAUGAUAAAUUCGGGUGUCCAUGGGAAUGGAAACCGGUCGACGGCCGCCGCGGCACACGAUCGAUAUCCAGCGCUGCUCGACCGGUGUCCGAGUGCGUACGCGAAUUUAAAAUCGCGAGAGGAAAAAUUCACUACGGAAAAAUGCCCUUCUCGUCGCCGCGCCCGCCGUGUGUAGUACUCGUUCCGUUCGCCGCCGCGCGCGGCGUAGACGAAUUCGCCAACGUCCGCCGGCCAUUCGGCGAAACCGGUUUUGUCGACGCCGAUGAUUUGACGGGGAAAAAAAAAAAAAAAAAACCGGCAGUCUUCGGGCGGCGGCGUGGGGGCCGGAUUCGGGGAUAUCGGUGAAACAUUCUGACCUGCCCUUUUCGUCCGAUUAAAUUCCGUUCCGUUAUUGUCUCGCGUACCCAAUUGAUUAUGUGUAUUUUACCCGUCCUGUAAUAAUAUCGCAACAGGGACCGCAGUGCCUCGGAACUGAGAACGAGAUGUUUUUUUUUUUUCCCAUUACGAGCGUCUAAUACGAAGAAGGUCCGGUUUAUCGUUUCCGCUAAAACCUACGUCCUAUCUACAUUAAUGUUUGGGAACCCCUACAAUACGGUUGUUAUUGUUAUAACAACGAUAAAAUCUAUAACCAUGUGCUCGUAGUGGACGUCGGGAUUCGGGAUUCGAUUGAAGUACAAUACGCGUAAUUGUUAUCUUUGUUGCCUGUAUACCAAUGCAACGUUUAAAAGAAAAUAGAAAAAUAAAUAUACUUGUUAAUACUUCAAACGCACUCGAAGGAAAUACAAAGAAAACGUAUUUCUAUAGAAUGCAAUUUUUAUAGCGCGCUAUAAUAUUAUUAUUCUGAAUAAUGUUUUAAAAUACCUAUGUCGAUUCGCGGAUGUGGCGUGAUUUAUAGAACUGUUAUUGUUGGAGGAUUUUGAUAUCGAAUCCGUAACGAAAAUUUACUUGUAACGGCUGCUAUGAUGGUAUAAUAGUAGUUGGUCUAAUACGUUCCACCGGGAGCGCUAUCGGACGCAGAGUAAAAACAUUACACCUGAUAAGAACUUUUUCAUCGCCGCGUUUACGGUACACGUGCAUUUAUUGUUUCCGAUUUACGAACGCACGAUAUAGUUAAAAACAUGCUUACGCAGACUACACAGAACUCCCUUAAUUUUGGUUAAAAUGCAUCCAGCGGUUGUUUAGUGAGUAACCGUCGCGCGGCAAAUCGAUUAUUAGGACGAACCUUAUACUUACCCAACAAUAACACGUUGUCUAACGCCGGGUGCGAUAAGGCCGAUCGAACGAUUCGACAUUUAGUAUUCGGUUUUUUUGCCAUUUCGUUCCGUGGAAUUUUCAACAAUAUAAAGAAUCGAUACCCGCGCAUUGUGUUAUCUCGGCUUGCGUGAUUUUAGACACUCCAAUAUUUUUUCGUCGCAGCUAAUGAGUGUGUGUGCAUCCAAAAAUAAUGCUAUUUAUACGGCGCCGCUAUACGGCCUCUUUGUAUAAUAUUUACCUUUCACGCCGAUUUUCUCGGAAAUUUAUUGGUUUUAGUCACCGAAUAACGAUGGCGGUUAUCUAGUGUUAGAUAAAUAAAUGGGAAAUACUUAAUAAUAUUAAAUGUUACACGAAAAAAAAAACACAUUUUAUUCUAGACAACGUGAAUCAUAUUUUGCCCGGUCUACCGAGUGAUACGAGUGAUACGUACUUAGAAGAGGUUCAGAAAUAUCAGUUAUCCUUUCGCCCCACCUCUCCGAAAAAAAAAAAGUACGCCCUCUUAAUUGACAAUAAACUAAACGAUAUCUAUAGGCUUUCGAGGUUUGGACGAGAAACACAAAUGGUCCGCUAAUAUAUUUCUAAUCGUUUCACUUAUAAUCGUUUACGAAAUACCUGCAGUAUUUACAGUGUUGUUGUGUAUACAUAAUUCGAAAACUAUCAUUGAAAUCCGGUCUGCGCGGUGCUAUAGUUCUUGCGGCGAUAGUUGCUGUCGCGACAGUUGAAAACGAUCCGAAAUUUCGAUUGGCUCUGUGAAUUUAGAGACAGUCACGGUUCGGCAGCAAAGCAGUGUAAGCGAUUCACGCCGCGAUGGAUUCUCAAAAUACUUCGUUGUGACUAUCGCGGAAAAGCGAAAGCGUCGCUAUUGUUCGGCCCCAUUAUAAUAUGUACAUAGUAAUCGUAUACAAAAAUGUAAACAAAAGCUGCUCGCAUUGUUAUCGUUGUCAGUUCAGGGAUCGCGAGAAUAUUGUGGUCCCAGUGCAGUGGCGGAUUUUAGGCAUUUUCUUGGAGGCGGAGAGGGUUCCGAAAAAUAAUACGUAUUUCGUAUAUAUUUUUACACUUAAAAAAAAGUAUUUUUAUUUAUGUUGUAUUAUAUUAUAUUGAUGUAAUUUAUAUUUUAUAAUCAUUAAAGUCUUACUGUCUCUGCGUUCUCCGAGUAAUCGUAGUUAUUGUACGGAAUUAAAGACACUGCAGUAACGUUCAAUAUACUCAAUUUAAUUAUAAAAUUUAAAAUAGGAAAAAAAAAAUCGUUGUACUGUUACAAUCAACGUAGUUCAGUAAAAACACUGCUUACUAAUUAAAAUAAAUUUCAGUGUUGACAUUUUGAUUUCUGUCAAGCCGUUGACGAGAUAUUCCACUUUUAAGUUUGGGUAGGAAGAGAGUAGUGGAGUAUCAUUUGUGUGGCCAUAUGACGCGCGGCCUGUUAACAAUGCACCACUGCUAAUUCUCUAACUAAUAAUCAAUCUAUUUAUAGACGUUUUAUUAUAGGUUACCAUUUGAAAAUCAAAAGUAAGUAUUUGUUUUAUCCCUAAAAAAAAGGGCGACAAAAAGUAAUAUAAAUAUACAAUUGUAGAGUUGCUUGUUUCUUAAAUGUUCUAGAAAAUAAAUUCCGAAUAAAAUUAAUACUUUCAGUGAUAAUGAGUGUAUUCACUUAAAUGGAUCACUCGGUAUAUGUUUUUGUGAGGUUUUUUUUUGCUUUUGAGUUAUUUGAAUUUCUAAAUUAGAAUCAAUUAUAAUAUCACAUUGGUUUAAAUUUUAAACAACGGAGUUUAGUGUUAUUUUAUCUUUACUAUUUUGUGUAUUUAUAUUUUUAAUCGUAUCUAUAAACUACACCUUGAAGCAAAUUUUGCAUACUAUGGAAAGUACAAUUAUCUGAAGACAUACAUAACCUUUUUAUAAAUGUACUUUAAUAACUUAUACCUUAAAUCAAUUGUACUCUAUAGUUAUUUUAAUGGCGCGAAAUAAAUAUUACACGUGUAUUUUAGAUACGGCCCGUCGGAUGGUGUGAUUUUAUGACGUCACGCGUAAAGCGUAACUUAUACUUAAACACGGAAGUAAUAAAAUAACAAUAGAUCAUAUUCUUUUCUUUCUAGAUUUAUAUUCGGGUAGUACUGGGAUACGCACUUAGCUCAAAUUUUUGAAAAUUCGCCAGAGGAGAGGGACUUGACUUGGGUACAAAUUUCGAUAACCAACUUACAAAUACUUUAUAGAUGAAGGUCUUUAACUUAUAAUCGAUGCGUUUCGAUUUGUUCAAUAAGGGGGGGGGGCAUUUUAACACCGUUAAAUUCGGUAUCGCACUAUCACAACAUAAUUGAAAACCGGAAAUUCACAAAAAAGUUUAGCUAUAAUAAUUGUUUAUAAUCUAAUAUUAUAUUACUAUCUGCAAUUACUUUAUGCGGUGUGAGUAAUAUAAAUACGGACUUCGGUACUUUUCCAUUUGCGUUAAAAAAUGAUUUUAAACAAAUAUUAAAAAUUACAUUUCUCCGUAAUUAACAUAAGACCACCGACGUUGGAGGUGCUAAUAUUAUGGGCACGUAAAUACCCACGUGUGCUACGCCGCCACAAUUUCCUUAACGCGAUUCUUACGACAAUAGGCAACUACACUUUUCCUUAAUAAUUUUGUAUAUAAGAAUAAUUUAUCGUAUAACUAAUUUUAACAUUAUUUUUCAUACACAGAUGUUUUGUCUAUGGGAAAUCUGUAUUUGGUUCUGCUCAUCAAUUAUGAAACACGUGUAUUAAAUAUUUAGUCGCUACUAUAAAAAAGCCGAUUGGGUUUUGUUUGGGGGCUGAAGGGGGUUCUAAAGGGUUUCCCGGUGGCACAUAUAACACUUAAUAACGUUGAAAUAAUGCAUAAAAAGGGGGUUAGUUAUUUACAAACGCUGCAAUGUUAAUAUGUCAUAUGUAUUAUAUAAUUAUUGUCGUAUUAUUUCAUUAUCGUAAAUCAGUUUCGAAUCGUCGACGACUGCAAUUAUCAGUGCGCGGUAACGGGAGGACGAAUGGGUCGGGGAAACCGCCGAUGUAUAAUUACUGCCUAUAAUAUUAUAGGUGCCUAAAUUUCUGACUUUUUUUUUUUUUAGAUAGUUAAUAUUUAUAUACAUUUUUUUUUUGCCAAAUUUAUUAUAAACAAAUAAUACGUGUCGACAACGUGCACGACACUGUUUUUAAAAUACGCAUAUCGCGUCGUAGGUUUUACUGACGUAAAUGAUUUUUUUUCCCCCUAACCGUUCGCUGUGUAUGCGUGUAUAAAAUUUACAGUGCGCCUGCGUGUAUGCGAGUAAUUUUUCGUUACGUACACAUAUCAUUCAACGUAUCAUGUACGCCAGCCAACAAAUAUUGACUUUGGGAGCGAAAAAAAAAAAUUAAAAAAAAAAAAAAAAAAAUAGAAUUACACGUUAUAUACGAAUAGAAACGAUUAAGUAACAAUAUUUGACAUUUUCGUUUCACAUACGAGAUAAUUUUCGAACGUCCGUGUUAUAAUAUUAUUAUAUCGUACGGAUAUCGCACUUCUGAAACUACGUGUGUAUAAUAUUAUUUUAUUCUCUAUCGGGCCGCACUACGCUCGUAUUAUAGAAUAUAUGAAUGACGGUUAUAAAAAAAAAAAAAAAAAUCGACGCUGACAUAUUAAUGGACUGCUGCUGCGGCGUAUAAUAUACAUAUAUUAUUAUUUAUUUAUAAUUAUAUACUUAUUAUAUCCUUAUCGCGCUAGAGACUAGACAAUAUUAUUAUUAUAUUAUAAUAUUAUAUAUAUUACAUACAACGCCAUGCCGUUCGUAUUGUUAUCGAAUCGAGAAACGGAUGGUACGCACAAUAAAACAUUAUAAAUAUAUUGGGCUUACCGACACGCGGUCGGAAAUCUGUGCAGCCGAUCGGACAUUUCUUUUGAGCAUUUUUCAAACGGCCGAAAAACGACUUGAUUGCGCGCAUAACGAAAUACACGUGGUUUUUUUUUCAGAACUAUUUAGACUUAAUAACAGCAUUAUCGAGUACAAUAGCGGCUACGUUAACUCAGAGACGUCUCCAGACCUCGACUAUGGGGAUGGGGAAGGCGAAAUCAUUAAAUUUAAUAUUAAUGUUUUGUAAGGAAAACAGAUGGAUAUACUUCGCACGAUGUAUCACCACUGUUAUAGAGAAGUUGGGAAGGUAGAAUAUUGAGGAAAAUCUUUUGUAUAUCUGUAUCUAAGCAAGUUUAAGCAAAACGAUUCUGAGCGGAUUUCGGUUAAUAGUAUUUCGUUAACUCCGGAUAUAUAUGAUGACGUUGAUGAAAAGUUUAACCCGUCGUCAACCCGUUGACGAGAUAUUCCACUUUUAAGUUUGGCCAUGAGCGCAUGAAUUAUGAAUAUAGGUUUGACAAUCGAAAGUAGAUGUUGAGCCCUCUCUAGAAUUUAGAGGCGAUAAAAAAAAAAAAAAAAAGAAAUAAAUACGUUUACAAUAAUGAUUUUAGAGUCAUUUGUUUAUUUAAUCGUCUCGAAAAAAAACGUCAACACUUUCCGAGCUAUUAUAUGGGGUGUGUGUUAUUCGUAGCUUAAUAUUUAUUUCGAAAAGAUACACUGAAAAAAAAAACCAAACACAAAAAAACGUUUUAUACAAUUAUGUAUAGAUUCAGAUCGAAAUUAUUUCGUUUGAAUAAUAUUAUUCUAAACGAUUUUCGUUUUCUCCGGUGUUUUUUUUUUCUUUCUAUUUUCAGCCCCAGAAACCGAUUUUCUCGCGGAGUCUAAAUCCAACACCGCUCUACGAUUACGCGUACACGAAAGAUUCUAUAGGCGGCGACUGGGUUGGGGUUUCUGGGGUUUUUUUUUUCUACUAAUUUUCCGCGGCGUACGUCUAAGACCGAGAAGACCGCGGUCUAAAGCAGAACCCGUGGUCCCAAAAAAGAAUAACAAUAAUUUUUUUAUCAAGUAUUUACACAAACGAUCGUGCGACUAGAAUAAUACUAAUUAUUAUACACCGUCUCGUUAACUCUGCGGACGCGCGUCUUGGCCGCGGCGUGUUUUGUUCAAAUAAUUGUUCGUAACGUUUUCAUCUCGCGUGCGUGUGUACUAUAAUAAUAAUAAUAAUAAUAAUAAUAAUAAUAAUAAUAAUAAUAAUAAUAAUAAUAAUAAUAAAAAUAAUAAUAAUUUCCCGCAGUGUUCCGUAAUUAUAUCGUUAUUAUAUUAUACUGUAUUCUAUGCGUUUUCGCUAAUUAUCAAAAAUAAUUAGUCCUCGUUUAAUUAUUGUAAACUGAUUUUGUUUUUUUUUUUUGUUUUUAAUUCGUUCAAAAUAACUCAUCGUCGUAUAUACGUAUAAUUUUGUAUCACAAUAUAAACUCGAGCAUUAUAAUAUAACAUUGCAGUCGGUACGGAUAAUUAUAAUUCGUGUGGUAUUGUCGUUGCUUUCGUCAAACUUAUAACGAAUAAAUCUUAAGAGUAUCGUCGUUAUUGUUGUCUGGGGUAAUUAUUAUUAUUUUGUUUUUAAUGAAAAAACUGUUUCUGCUACAGCGUUUUAAAAGCCGCGUAGUGUUUACUUACCGAAAACAAAAACGAUAUAAACAAGAGGGAAGGGAGGGGGGAAUAGAGGUGAAUUGUUGAGAAUUACAAAAAGAAAAGCAAAAAACCGUUUCAAGUAAAGUACCGUCGUCGCGCGGAAAUUCCGCAUCUUUUCGAGUUACCGCUCUAACAAAUUUUCACGAAAAUAUCGUCGCAACUGAAUAAAUGCGUAUGCAUUAUUGUGAUAUAGUAUUUUAUUUUUAUAAUGAUAUAACGGUAAUUUAUUUAAAAAAAAAAAAAAAAAACACUUAUAAUAAUAAAACACUUUAAAAUACCGGUCGAUAUUUAUAUUUUUUAACCUUUGGGCCCGUCCGCACGUUGUUCCGAGAUAUAACUCGUAUAAACACAAACGAAAUACAUAAUAUUAACUGUAGGCCAUAUUAUAAUAUAAAAACGUACCAAUAUGGCUAUAUGCGCUACCUAGUGUAUAAAAAAAAAAAAUAAAAAAAAAAGUAGCGAAAAUUGAUUCUAAUGUUUAAUCUAUAUAAUAUAUUUUACGUUCCAAAGUUCAUCAUAUAUAACAUUAUUAAACGCACUUAUUUCGCAAUAACAGAACAUUACCUCAUUAGCCGUUUAGAUUUUAAAAGAGAACGGGUAGGGGGGGGAGCAGAGAGAGAGAGAGAGACGGUUAAGUGGAAAUUUGUUUUAAGUACAACCGCAGUUCGAUAAGCCACGUGCACCACAUACGGUUUUUAAAUUUUUUUUUUUUUAUUUAUACUAUUUUACGAUCGCGUUUGCACGUUUUUUUAGCUCAUAAAAACACUUGCUCUAAUUUUUUUUUUUUCAAACAAUCGCGCGCACCUGUUGACUUAGUCUGACUGCAGAUAUAUACUAUAUUACGUUGCCUAUAUAGUUUGUUAUUGUAAUAAUCAUAUUGUACGAUGUAUUUCGACGGGGGAAUUAAUUGUACGGGUAAUUAUUGUUAAUUAAUUUGUUCGGAUAGGUACCUACCGAAUUAAUAAUUUUUCGUUUAAAGAUCAUGCGGAAUUUUCCACGGUUUAAUUUAUUAUAAUUAAUAUGCUUAUAUUAUUUAAAGUGAGAUAAUAUAAUAUCAUAUAAUUGACUCGUGCGCUGAAAUAUGCGAGUUACGAAGUAAAAAAAAAAAAAACAAAUUGUUUAUCACUUACAAUAUUAUGUUAUUAUUUAUUAUUAUCCGUUAAAUUAAUUAAAAACUAUAAUCUAAUCGUUAUACAUUUAAAAAACGUGUCUGCGGAACUACUUAGAUAAUAUUUUAUCGUAUUGAAAUAAACCGUAUAUAAUAUAGUGUUGAUUUAAAUUUUUUUCGUUGUUUUGUAAAUUGUUAACUGCGAAUAACUUAAGGUAUAGGUAAUUUUCAAAUUUUUGUCAAACUAAAUGCUCGAAAUGUGGAUUUUAAAACAGUAAAAGUAGUGUGCAAUAAUAAUCAUAAUAAUCAUAUAAGUGUGUCAAACCUAAAACAUUUGUCGGAAAAAGUGGUAGAGACUGGCAGAGUGCCGUCAUAGUAUAAUGUAUUACAAUUAUAGUAUUUUCAGUGGCGUACCUAUCUGUGGGAGUGGCGAUGGGGGCAUUCGCUACCCCCUUGUGCCGUAUAUUUAUAUGUGUGCAUAAUUAUUUGUUUUUAGUGUUUUUACAAUUAUUUUGAAUAUUUUUUUUCCAUGAAUUAGUCAAUAAUAUGAUCAAAUGGUAAAACCCAUAUAUAUUAACAUAUUUUUGUUAUCUAAGGUUGAAUCGGGUAAAGAUUUAUGGUGUUAUCAUUUUGUUUUGGCGGUUGGGCCAUUGUCUCUUAUCAUUGAUUUCUAUUUACAAAGUAAACGGGCUAGCUACGAUCGCUUAUGCGGACUUGCACUUUUGCAUGUUUAUCAGGAAAUAAGUAUACCAGUGGGUAAUGCCAUUGAUAGAUUCUUUUCUAUUAAAAACCGGAGAUUAAACUUUGUAUUCAAAUUUAUAAAUACACAGGUAGCAUGCAUUAUAAUAUUAUAUUUAAUUAAAUAAAAAUGUUUUAUUUUAUAUAUUAAAAUGUUAUAUAAAAGAGCCAAUUAAUAAAAUUUUUGUUGUUGUGACGUUAUUUUUUAGGAAUUGUCUAUUUUAAGAGUGAGUGAAAAUAUAUUUUGCCUCCACCCCCGUAAAAAAGGCCUACCAGGCGUUCAUUGGCGUAUCUAGGUACGCCACUGAAUUUUAUAUCCGCAAUUUCGGCGAUGAUGUACGUGAUAUUCAAUAAUUGUUCGUAUAUUGGAAUAUGAAUAUGUAAUAGCAUAAAAUAUUUCCGGAAUAUUCGUAUAAUGUAGAUAAUAUUUUACUUCAAGUAUAUUUUUAUAAUGUAAUGUGACAUACCCGCGUACGAGUUAACCGCGGGGAAUUUUCGCGCUUUAAAAUAACGUUGUGAGAGGGUGGAAAAAAAAUCAAACCGAGAAUACGACAGGGCGAAUAUUAUUGUUUAUCGAAAAGAAAACCGUCCGUCCAGCCCGACCUUAUCUGAAUUAGCGUACGCCGUCGUUUCCGUUAGGAGGGGAGGUGUAAUUGUUAAUUGUUUAACGUCCCAUUGUCGUUUUAUUUGCACUACAGCCGUGGGUGAUGGUCGGGGGGAACAGAGGGUAUAAAUGGCGCCGCGAUACAAGAACGAUAAAUAACAACGGUACCCCGUAAUAAUAAUAUCUAAAAAUCCGUAUUCCCACGAGACGUCGCGACCGUGUGUUUAUAUAUUGGGCAAUCGUGACCGCGUCUGGCGCGCAUUAUUAUAAACGGCAUCAUGUGAUGAGAAAGGGUGGCUUUAUAACGGUGCAGUGUACAGGUAUUAUAAUGGUCGUAGGUAUACGAACGUAUGAAAAAGCUUGCCAAUUCCCGAGACGAGCGCGGCGCGCGGUGAAAGGCGACCGAAGUGAAAGGUACGCUACGUAUGCUUAUAGGUAUCUUUCCGAUGCCGCCGCGGUGAAAGACUGCGGUACAGAGUACUAGAGUGAGACGGACGGGGCAUGCGUCGCGUCUGCGCGUGUGCGCGUAUAAAAAUGUGAAAGGAUCUCUCCUCUAAUAUAUCGUAGUCGUGAAGGGUGAAUGUGUCUCGGGUUAUAUUAUUAUUAUUAUUAUAUUACGCUCGUAUAUUAUAAGUACCCGCAGAUAAUAAUGUUAAUAAUAAACGAGAGUGGGCGAUCGUGUUUCCGGGCGAUGUGUGUAUACGACGGUUUCGCGACCUUGGUUCGGGUCAUCGCGAAUCUAUGGCGCCGAUCCGCGAGAAUCCCCCCCCCUCAAAAAAAAAAAGAAAAUGGUCCGAAGUUUGAACGUGACACGGUAGCGAACCCGCCGUUUAAUUUAAUUUAAUUUGAAAAUUGUUUUCACUUCACACGAUUGGUGGCUUGUCUGAGCAUUGUGAUUUAGGUAUAGUAAAUAGUUUAUUUUUUUUUCUUCUUUUUUUUUUUUCAAGACUACGAUGAGAGAAUAAGUAUAUAACCUAUUAACGAACCUUCCCCUGCGUACGCCUCUACAACACGGUGCGAUGUGUUAUAGAAAUCCUGCCCGAAAUCGGUGUACCUUGAUUGCAUAGUUUUACAAAUAUAUUAUAAUAUAUAGUAUUGGAAAAUUGUCGGGAAUCUACAUAUUACAAGAUAAAAUAUAAGUUUACGAGUUUAUUAAACAACAUUAUUUUAAAAUUCAGUUUCUUAUUUAUUUUUUAUUAUUAUAAUUUUUUUUUUUUAAACAAUACGUUAUUAGUUUAAUCUUAAAUAUUACCUGUGUUAUCUUGAUUUUCUAACGGAGAUUAUAUUAUAUUUAAUUUUCCGUGAUCAGUAUCAUAAAAAGUAGGUGAAUAAUAUUAAAACGUGUUUUAAAAAAAAAAAAUCAUAUUUUAUCGAAAUUCACAACCUGCAUUGCUGUGCGUGUAUAAUAUAAACAACUUUUCUGCUAGAAAUCUUGCUCCUUGCUCUGAUCAAAAAUGUUGUGGGGGAAAAGUAACGAUUUUUGUUGGUUUUUGGGUCACCUUUCAGGCAAUAUGGGAAAAAAUACGGAUAUUAAUCAAAUUACUCCACAUAUCCUCAUUUACAAUUUCCAUCGUAAGACAGCGGUACACCCGACAGCAGUGUCAGUCUUAAAAAAACUUCGGUGUUGCGUAUACCUACGGUGUUGUAUUUUAGUAUUUUGUACCUAACAAUAACACUAUUAAGAUUCCGUUACUAUAUACUAUUCAUCAUAAUACGUGGUACUUACUUGAUACAAUCGAGAUCGAUAGCGUAAUGGGUCGACCCGCAACAGUUUAUAAUAUUCAAAAAGACUUUUACAAAUAACAAUAUAAUACCCGUUGUCUAUAUAUAUAUAUAUAUAUAUAUAUAUACAUAUGUAUAUAUAUAUAUACAUAUGUAUAUAAAUACAAUAUAAUGGAGUGGAGGUAAUUUUAUUCAUCGGCCGUCCGUUGGCGAUCGCUCUAAUUACUUACUGAUAUUUCUCCGCGGGUCUAAGUACACUAAGUACAGUGUACACUCAAAGUACACCCACUUGUAUACAACGACCGCAUCGUCAUCAACAUUGUAGGUAUCGCAAUUAAAAACGUCUUAAAUUCUAUUUCCCGAUGGAGGGACGGCCAUAUAAUACGAUAUUAUAACAGUAUACGAUUUUUUACCAGAUAAUAACAAUAAUUAGGACUUCGCGAAUUUGUGAGAAAUACUUUUUUUGUUUUGUUUUUUUUUUUUAUGUAUACAUAUAGUACUUAUAGUACAAUUUUCGAAUCAUCAGUGUCGUAUUUACGGAGAUGGGGAGAUUAGGGAGAUAUUUCUGUUGCCCCUUGAAUUUAUUAUUUACAGGACAACGUAUUUCUAAAUUCAAAUUUCUUUACUUUUUAUUCAGAGACAUAAAGAAUUUGAUGUGUCGGUAUGUCUAUCCACUGCCAUUAAUAAUGGUAAUUUAUCAAAAAAACCUGAAAGUAUACACUGUCUUGUUUAAAACGAAACCUAUAUUUAAACAACUAAAAUAUUAAGGAGAUUAGAAAAGUACUUAUAUAAAUAGUAAAUCAAUAAUAAUUACUUAUCUAGGUAUACUUAGAGUAAACUAUAUAGCGAAAGCUAACCGCUAUCGUCACUAUUAUGAUAGUUUUGACACACCGUCUUAAGAGCGUUAUAACAAUAAUAUUAUCGUUAUUAUCACAGCGAUGACCAUACUGUCGUGACGGCACUUUCACAGAUUUUUCUAUUUUAGUUUGCCAAUUCUCCUAUCGAAAUUCGCACGUUCACUGAACUCACGUUGCUGUCUCGUGCGAUAAUUGAUUAAAGCAGCGAGACUAUCAUAGUACUAUGACUGAUAUCACUGCGUGGACCGGGCUUAACGAUAACGAAUUUGGUGUUGAGACUUUCAUUUUAAAUGUAUAUUUUACUAGUAUUGUGAUGGAAUUUCUGUGCAUGUCGAGCAUUUUGGUUUUUUAACACAUUAAAAAUUCACAUCGCGGAUAAAAAUCACAUCCCAAUCACGUCUUGUUCCUGUUUGCGAACUUGUUUACAACAACGGACAAUCGCUGCUGCGACUAUUAUAUUUUAUGUAUACUUUUUAUGUGCCUGUAGGAUGAACAAAAAAUUUAAUUUUUUUAAUUCACACGCCCGAAAACGCGCGUUCUCCCGCGUAUCUUACGUCAACAUAUAAAAUAUAUUAUAUAGGUACCUCCUAUACUUGCCUAUAGUAGUGUAUAUUUAUUAUAAUGUGUUUUAAGGAAAACGAAAACUCGGUGGCGGCGUACUCAAUGGCGUGUAAAAACGGGUCACAGAUGAGAAGCUCUCCGUACCAUGUCUAAAAACCGUAUAGCCCGCCGUCGCCGAAAAGUAUAAAAAAAAAAAUAGUGACGCAACUUUGUCGCGGUCGCUCCGUCGAUUUUGUAGUCUCUUUCAAAACCCGCGGAAAUUUCACACACAUACACACACACACCGUAAUAAUAAUCGUGUUUUUGUGUUGAUGUUUUUUUUUUUUGAUUUACCAUAAACAAAAUACCAUAAUAUAAUAUACAAUAUCCGUUGACCUUAUUUUACGAUCGAGAUUAUAAAAAAUAUUAUCAUAUAUAUUGUAUACACGGUGUAAAGCUAGACAAUGUUUUGAAUUGACGGGAAAUAACAUCACAACAAAAAUACGACUCUACCUACUGUCAUUUUUUUUUUUUUUUAUUAUUUCGAUUACGAUAAUAUUCGUGUACGAGGAUUAUUAUUGUUAUAUUUCAUAAUCGAGCGGUGUAUUGUGUUUGAAAAACAAAAAUAACCACGAAAUUAUCGAGUUUAAAUAAAAGAGGGGAAGUAAUAAAAACGAUUUUUGUCCGGUAGACGAUGAUAAUGUAAUUAAAUAUUAGCUAGUAUUCGUAUAUAAAUUUGUUGUUUUUAAUCCGCCGGAAUUACACAAAAAUGUUAAAAAAACAAAUUUGUAUAAGCAUUUUAUUGUUACCUAUAUAUACAUAUUUAUAUCGGUUUUUGUUGUUCAUUACUACUAUGAUCGUCGGUAAUUUAAUAAAAACGUAAUAUUAUUGUUUCGCAUAGGUAUUAUUUGGUACGUAACAUAAUAUUAUGUGAUUCCUAUGUGUCUAUUGAAUUUACUGCUGCCCACGGGGUUAGGUUAGGUCAGGUUAGGGCUUAGGUUAUGGUCGUUAUUUUACAUCCGAUGCAUUUUUCACGUUCGUCCGCCCGAGCGUUGCGUUAGUAAUAUUUUUAAUAUUUUAUGUGUAAAAGGCUGUUUAUGUAUAUACAGGGUCCGAGACUUGUUGCACUGAUAACGAUCGUAUUCGGCCAUUUUUUGCUAUUCGGAAAAACCGCACGAACCAACAUUUUCAUGUCUAAUACAUCUGUAACGUUUAUACAGCUGGCAAACAUAUUCGAUCAUUUAUUUCGGGAAAUACAUUUUUCAAAAUUAUUGUUCAAACUCGAUACCGCCGAUACCCACCGACAAUAAAAUAGUGUUUAUACGACGCGAGAAAUUGUAUAAAUAAACUCGCCAAUACCUAAAAUACGCGUAAGCUCUCUCCAAAAUUAAAACGAAGAAUCCAAACAUAUAUUAUUCGACGUAUUGUUCUUCAGGAAAUCGAUCUUUCAAGUAGAAACAUUCUGCGGGCAUAAUGGACGAAAAUCAUAGAAAUGCGAAUGAAUGUAAUGGCGGGGAAGUUAAUAAAUUCUUAAAUACUCGUAUAUAUAGUUUUAAUCGUAAAAAUUAUAUUUUGGUAUGCGUGAUUGUUGUUUCAAUUCGUUUUUAAAAAUUGUAUGGAUAAUUCGACGCGUACAAUAUAAUAUAUUUCCUAUAUUAUACGUUUUCAUUAAAAUAAAUAAUAAUCAUAAAAAAAAUUCAAACCUAUUAGAUACCUUAUUGUUAUUCUCGAUGUCGUAUAUAAUUAUAGCGGUGUUGUCAUCGUUAUGUAAGUACAGUGUCUACGAGGGUAUAAAAUACGAUUUCACAGAAAAUUAAUUUUCUAUCGGGUCUUGCUCGCAGCUCUCCCUCCCGGCGGGUAAUGAAUCGUUAAUAACAUGUGGCGAUACAGCAAUAGCCUAAUGGAUGUACAUUUUUUUUUUUGUCCCUCACUUAUGAGUCAUUUGUUUCAUACGUAACAUGAAAAUGUGUCUUUUGAAUUAACAGUUCUUAUCUGUAUACCAACACGGUAUUAUAUAAAUAAUUAACUUAUAUAAUAUUAUAUUUUCAUUGAUAAUAUUAAUUUUAAUCCAUUUAAGAUAUUUUACUUUACAGAAAACGACAUUUUUUUUAAACCAUAUCAUUAAUAUACUAUUGACCGUAUUACUCAUUGCUGUGUAGUUAACAAUACGCCAAUAACCAUUAAUUAUAAAUUAUAAUUGUACAUUUAAUUCUCAUAUAGCCGUUUGCGUCUGAAAAUACGUCGUUAGUGCCCAUUAAAAGUAAAAAUAAAAGUAUAAAACAAACAUUAUUCAUUUGAAUUUAGAAAACCUAUACACCCGUCAGUGACGAGUACAAAAAUUUUACAUGCGUAAAGUCAAUAACAUUUUAUAUUUUUUCAUUUUUUUCCAAAUUUGAAUUCUAGUAUAUUAUAUAGUACAUCCGAGCGCUUGGUCACAUUUUAUCGACAUCGUCAUUCUUCUUUUCUAUAUAAAAACCAUCCUGAAAAUAUUGCCCGUAUGGUGAAAACACAUCGAUUUCUAUCGUCCGGCAUUAAACCAAAGAAAAAAAGAAAUCAAAAUCGUCAAAAAAUUCGAGUGUGGUGUACUAACCUGUAUCUUCUUAAGAAUUUCUUUAUGAACCGAUCGGUUACCCUCGUCCUAAACUUUCAUUUGGCCCGAUCCUCCUCAAAGUCCUCGCAGCAUACACUUGUCGUCUUCGUAUCUAUCAUUCUUAAAUCACAAAAGAUGGUUGAUCUUUUUCGGUCUUUCCCUCUGUUUAUUUGUAUUAGCAUUUUUUGUACGAUAACAGUAUAGAAAUUUAAAUUUUGAAAUCGAGCUCAGUCAAUUUCGUAUCAUUUUUUUUUUUUUGCAACCAUAGAACCCGGACAUAACAACCGGUAGAAAAAAACCCGUGCCCGUUCUCCGUAUUCCGGUGUUCACGAACAUUAUAAUAAUUUUUACGUUCGGGGGUUCGGCCGCAUGUGUAUAGACCGGCGCCUAUAUAUAACACUACAGCCUAUCUCAAAUCUCCAGACGAGAGGGUUUUUCGAUAAUUUUUUAAAGUGAAAUCCAUUAUACUGUAGUAUAAUAUAGACGUCUGGGCCGGAUAUGCGUUAAAUUUCGCGUCGUCGUCGUCGACGGCGACUAAUGGCUCGUGGUGUGCGACGGCGGUUCUUUUGGCCGCUAACGCAGCGGGUACGUCGUCUAAUAAUUCGUUUCCAGGGUCGGCCAUUACCAUUAUAUUAUAUUGCGAUCAAUCUAUAAACAAUCUUCCCUACUGUUCCGGCGGUGUAAAAUAUACUUUAAACCGUUACAAUAAUUCCGAUAUCAUCGCGCGCCGAUGUUCAGUUUUCGAAUCUGCGUUGACGUGUGUCGGGGGUUGCCGUUUGAAAAUCGAAUGGCAAUAUUAAGAAGAAGAAGAAGAAAAAAAUACCCCUUAACCAAUUCCGUUUAAACGGUUGGAAAACAACGGAAAGCGAAUUUACUCGAAAAUGCCCCCGAGAAAAUCGCCGAAUCACACGACAAAACAAUCGUGCUGCAUAUUUAUAUAUGGUGGGGAGGGGGUCCCAGGAACGGGCGGCAGGACAAGCGCGAACCGCUUCGGGACGUCUCGUUGUCGGCGUUGGCGGCGGCGGGGAGCGAAAGAGAGAAAUACCGCUGUGACCGUGUCGCCUUCGGGACGGCGGCGCGGCGGCGGUAGACAGCCGUCGGCGGCGACGACGGCGGCGGCCACACCGCGCACGGCACUCCUGGAAUGUGGACGAGAAUGCGGCCGCCCCGUUGACCCGCGGUCGGUAUGCGUUGUCGCGUUCGCAAAGCGCCUGCGCGAAAACACCAGUUCUGAAUGAACGACGCGCGGCGGCGUACAGAUACUAACACGUGUGUAGUAUAGGUAUAUAUACGGGGGAAAAAAAAACUAUCUAUACCUAUGUUUAUUAUAAAUAGUUGUACACUAGUACGUAUAAUAUACGUAUAUAAUAUUGUAUGCGGCUAAACAGUAUAAUAUCGAAAUACGUAAUAAUAUUAUAUUCGACAGGUGUGAAUGACCUAGAGUGACUUCCUUCCGUUUCUUGCGCCGCUGUUCGUUCAACCCGCCCUUCUCCCGCGGUUAGGUAUCAUACACGCACACAAUCUCAUCAAUUACUCGCAUCGCUAAAACUUGUCCUUGAACGUACUUACACUCGCGCACACGAUUAUUAUUAUUAUUUAUAUUAACGCGUGCGCAAAAAAUAUAUUACCGAAAUAAAAAAAAAAAAAAACAUAAUAUUACGCGUUAUUAUAGACACACACGUGUCUUGUACAUAAAAUAAUGUCUGGAACACAUUAUACCGUUGUGUUCGACGUAGUAUCGGUAGGGUAGGUAACGAUAACCUGGGCAAACUCAGUCGGUAAAACACGUGACUCUUGAUCUCGGAGUUCGUGGUUCGAGCCCCCGGAACGUUGAGAGCCGUAAUCUGUCGUACACGCAAGAUUCUUUUUUGGACGUAUACGGCGACAAAACACAAAACUAGGCCGAGAGCUUAGGUCAUUGAUGAAUUAACGACUUUACUCUAAAACUCCGGACGGCCAAGGGAAUGUCGCUCACUCCUUGUGCGCCGCGGUGGUUCCAACACCAAUUCUCUUAUCCCAGCUUAGGUGUAAAUUCGCUCGGUGUAAGUAUUACGUAGAACGCGAGUAAACCCCGUUUAUAAUCGAAGGCAUAAAACAAUAAUUAAACACAAAUGAGUCUUUCAAAAUAUAACACAAUUCUUUAUUUGAACUGACUGGGAUCGUUAUUCGGAUCUUCCGCCCGAAGCCCCGGAGAAGAGUGUUUUUCACAAUAAUAUUUUAACAGUCUUUUUAAUAAUUUUUAUAAAAUAACCGCGACAAUAGUACGCUGCCCCCUGUAACGGCCGGCGACCGCGUAACAUAUUUUGCUGAGUAGACGUUCCUGCAAUAUUUUAACAUAACAAUAAUAUUGCUGGCGACGGUGACCAUCGUGUAAAACAAUGUUAAAAAUUAUAAUAUAUUAAAAUAUUUUUGUAUUGUUAUUGACGACUGGGGAUAUACUACAGUACCUGUCAGAAUGACGUUCGUCGCGAUAUAGUCGACAAUCGAAUAAAGGGGAAGACAUUUGAAACUAUUAAAAAAAAAAAAAACAAAUAGAUAUACAACGGUGGGCCACUGCUGUAAGUGAGAAGUUGGAAAGGUAGAGGGGGAAAUUUAAUGAAUAUCUACGAUGAAUCAUUGCUAACGAAAAACACUUCUGAGCGGAGUUUGGUUGAACAUGUUUUAAAAAUAUUUACGAUUUGAAAAUAAUACAUUUCGUACGUUUUCCCGGUUUUUCCCAUUUAUUAUGAAAAUCUCUGGGAAAAUUAAAAAAAUACCUGUUUAAAGUACCACCUCAGUCAGAUUUCCUUUUAGAAAAAGUGCUACAUUUGAAAAUUGGAGCGAAAUUUCGGGUAGAAAAACUAUGACAGAAAAAUCUUUGUAAAAUCCAAUACAUUCCUCGCUCUGUUCAGAAUCUAAAAUGUAUAAGGAGAUGUUUUUAGAUAAGGCGGAUAGGGUAAUAAGUGUUAUGUUUUUGUUGAUUACGAUAAUAAUUAUUGUGGUCUAAUAUAAUAUCAUUUGAAUUCAAUUUGUUUGGGGAGAUCAUCGAUAACAACAACCACGGACUUGGUCCUUGAUAAAACAACUAUACUGCCAUAUUAUCUCUAUAACAUCCAAAUGACCCUAUAACAUCACAACAUCGGCCGAGUGUGGUGCGUUGGUGAUUUUUUUUAUAUUGGUAUUCCCAAUAUCUCGGCACGCGUGUGUAGAAUUUCCCACUGAAAACAAACAUUGUAUAUUAUUUUUUUUUAAAGGUCGAUUGAAAAUGUUUGCUAAAUUCGAUCCGGACAAUUUUUUUUAUUAUUAUUGUUAAUUUUUUUUUUUUUUUUUACUGUCGAGAAAGCAAAACCGGUUAAGAACAAAUAGGUUUGUUCGCCAAUUGCUAGACUGGAAAAUUACCAGAUACCGGUCAGAAUUUGUUCCGCGCUGAAAUUCAUAACCGUACUAUUCUUCGAUUCCUCCACGAUGUCUGCAGCGUCUAGACGACUAUGCGGUGUCUAGACACCGCUGCAGGUUUUUCAUCCUUUUUUUUUUCUUUUCUAAAUAAAUCGACAACCGUACACAACUGAUAUUGUUUGUAAUGUUAUCGGUUACUUCCUAUCGAGAUUUCCUCGGCACGUACAAACAUUUUUAUAACGUGUAUAUUAGCGCGGCGAGUUUUGGGGAGUUAAUUAUUCAUUGGUCGAAUUGACCUCUAAUCUCAGUUUACUCCAAAUACCGAUAUUUUAACACUUAAAUAUUUAUCAAAUUAAUAUUAUAUAUUAUAUCGCAUAAUAUAAUACAUGAAUACAUGUAUUUUCUUUUUCAAACUUAAUUGGCUUUUGACUGUUGUUUUUUUUUUUUUAUAAUUAUAGUUGUACUUUAUAUUAGUACUUAUUUGUAGAAUUAUUUCAAUGGGAAUCAAUAAUGAAUACAAUUAUUUUGUUAAUUUUAUAAUGUUUAUACAGUUUUAAAUUCAUGGCGAGGAAUGGUUCUAAUGACAUUAGGAAGACAUAUCCCUUUAUAGGUUCUAUUCAUACUAAUCACGGUUUUAUAAAAAUUGGGUGGCCACUCGAAAUGAGACCAUGAGACCUCAAAAAAAAGUUUAGCUAUGUGACCUCUUUUAAAAACACGUUUCGUACGACAAUAUUCCAUUUGAUUAUAAUAUUAUCGUUUACGAUCAAUUAUACUGACCUAUAUUGGAUCAGAAUUUUUUACCAAUUUCGCGCGUCUAUAUAAUAUAGGUAAUUAAUUUUUACAUAGGUCAACUUAGGCAUUCCAGCCGAUAUUUUUAUUUGUACUCGUAAUGUCUUAUCAUUCAUAAAAGCUCGUUAUCAAGCACACUCAUUAUUGGUUGUUAUAUGUAAUAAUUGUAAUAGUAAUAAUAAUAAUAAUAAUAAUAAUAAUAAUAAAUAUUAUAAUCGUAUAGGAGCGUAUACAAAAUGAUAUUAAAUAAGUAAUGUUUUAUAGCUGUGUCGUUCGUUUACAUCUCUGACAUUUCGACAAUAUUAAUUAUUAUUAUAAUAAAUUUUACAGUGUUUAAUUACAUUGCGAUACUAUUUUUAUACGUCAACGUUUUGUAAUCGUACGGAACGGUAAAAUAAUUAUCGUUAAAAAGUACCGUUCAUGAAUAAUAUUCGAGUUUGAGUAUAAUUGUUAUUAGUUAUAGAUAUCAUCGACCCGCUAUAACAGCACGGAUCGUUAGAACUUUUUAUUUAACGACAAUAUGAUCGAUUUUCGUUAAUUUUUUUUAACCUUUUAUUAUGUGUACCUUCUGAAAAAAAAAAAAAAUCGUUUUUGUGUAGACAAGAUUUUGACGCAUCAGAAGAAGACUAGGUUCUACCAAAAACAUUACGUAAGAGUUUUCUCGGGGAAUUUGUGAUUUUUUCGAUACAUAAACGAGGUCGUUUUUUGAUAGAGACCUGAAAUCUUUUCUUUCCGAGAUAUUUAUACAGGUAUUUGAAACUGUUUCUUUCUUCUUUUAUUGCGGAUGAAUUGCAAUAUUUUAUAACGAUCUGAAAGUAAAUCGUUUUGCUCCAGUAUACAAAAAACCGUGAUAUCAAUGCCGAAAACCUUAAAUAUUUCGUUUGUAGAGAGCGAGAUAAUAAUAGAUGAUAUUAUACAGUAUCGUUAGACGACAUAUUAUAAAUUAUAACUUAUUAUUUCGAAAUUAUUUUCGAAAAAAAAAUUCAUAAACCGACUUUGGCAAGGAGUAUUAUAUUCAAAAUAAUAAUAAUAUUAUAUGCAAGAUAUAUAUAUAUAUAUUUAAACGUCUACGUAAAUAAAACACAAUAAUAUGUAAAUUUAAUGGCAUUAAAUAUAAAUGUCGUCCGACUGUGUGUGUGUGUGUGUGUGUGUGUGUGUGUGUGUGGUGUGGUGUACUAUAUGCAGGCAGUGAUAUUUAAAUCGUAUAUUUCAAAAUUCCCUUAUAUACAUACCUAUAGUACGUACGUAUACCUAUACACGCCGUUGAAUCUUUUUAUAAUUUAAAAAUAAAACAAAAAUUUCAAUACUUAUACCCGCAGCGCGGGGCUAUAAAAGGGGUACUAAACAUGCACAAAAAAAAAAAAAAGUAUAGGUACCUACGAAAUUACGACUGGAACCGGUAAUGGUAAUGUAAGUGUAUAAUACGUGUAUAAAAAUGGUACUUACAUAAGUAUAUAUUUAUAUUCACUUUGAAUAAUCCGGUUUGCGAAUAACAUUUUGUGCGACACGCAUUCUCCUUGGAAUUUGUGUGUGUAUAUAUAUAUUCGUAUUAUUCGUAAGUAUAUUUAAUACGAUAUUAUAAUAUUAGCUAAAAUGUCACAAAUUAUUAUAUUAUAAUGUAUAUAGACACACAAGCAGGUAGGUUACCUAACCUACUCUGUAUCCAUAAUAUGGUAUAAAUUGAUCACAUGCUGCAUAUUUUUGUUGCCAAAUAUUAUUAUAAACAGUUUUUUUGGCGGUUUUGUUAACCUUUUUCUUUUUACUCAUCUUCAAUGUGAUAUAUUAUGGUGGGAAUUUUUUUUCUCUACGUUUUUUAAUGUAUAAAUUCUUCUAUAUAACGUAAAUCCUGUUGGUUUAUUAGGUUUUUUUUUUUUAUAUAUUUAAAAUACUGUACAUAGUAUUUUUAAGAACAACUUUUAUCGCCAUAGGUAUGACUUUCCAUUUUAAUUAUUUGCAGUACUCGCACUUAUAAAUUUUGUUGAAGAUUUAUAAAUAUAGGUAUAUAUAUAUAUUGACUCGAUUAUUAUUUAUUACUGUUAGUUACAUUAUUAUACUUAUUAUCGCACUUGCACAAUUUCCUCGAGGCACAGUAUACUAUAGCAUUAUAUUGUAUUAUAGGAUAUAAAAUAAGCCAAUUAUAAUAGGUUUUUUUUUUCAUUUACAAAACCAGUGUAAAAAUAAAUAAAUUGUAAUGAUUGCGUUCAAUUACAAUAUUAAGGACUUCACGAAUUUACAGUUUAAAUAACCCUCGUCGAAAUUAUUAGUUUUUUUUUGUAUAUAUAUAUCCUGAAAUCCGUAUAAUUCUAUAGAGUUUAUUUAAGUUUUAUAGUUUCAAACUUUAAUUAAUUUUUUUAACACGAAUACGAAUUGAAUUCGAUUUGUUCGUUAGCGUAUUAUAUUAAAUCAAUUUAUUGGGCUUAAUUGAAUACUAUAAUUUGCAAUGUUUCUACAAAAUUAACCGACUAAACAAAAUCGUCAUUUGACACUAUUCUCGUUAAUCGUCUGAUUAUAUUCUAUGGCUGACCGAAAAGUAAAAGAAAAAAAACUGUGAUCACAACGGUAGGUAACGGUAAACUCGCUCGACGGUUUCCGGCCAAAGGAAUGGUUUUAUUUUUUUUAAAUAAGCGCGUUCAUAACGUUGUUAUUUCGUUCGAUAUAAAUCUGCGGUACGGUACAUUUUUGAUUAAUUCAAAUAAAAACUAUAUACAUAGUUGCAUUGUGUAUGUGUUUUUAUAUAACAAUGGCCAGCCAAUGCAUAAAGUCCCCUCACAGUCAGUCGUCCGUUUGCGCUUAUUAUUUAAUAAAUGUGAAAAACACGACCAACUCACCAUAACUACACUACUACACUCGUUGCAACUAGUAAUUCCGAUUUUUAUCCAUCCAUUGUUUUUUUUAUACGUUUUAAAAUCGAGUCUUUUGUUUUUUUCUUUUUACCAACUUUUGAUUUUAAAACGAUUUUUUAAGUAAAUAAAUUUAAAUUUUAAAACAUUUUGUACGUUUGGAAAGGGAAAAACGCAUUAAUGAAUCUAAUCUAGGUUCGGAUACGUGGCUAAUUAGAUAUGGUUUUGUAACUCACAUGAACUUAAUAGAUUGUUGAGUUAAUUAUAUUUAAUAUUUGUCUAUAUGAAAAAUAUACGUGUAUAGAAAACUACAAUACGAAUAGAUAUAAAAAAAAUUCAUAACUCGCAUCAAGUCCCGCACGUGUACCCUCGUCAAGUACCUUAAAUAUUAUUUAUUUAAAUACAUUAUUUUGUACACCGUACCUAGUAAUAAGUCUGGAACCGCAGGAUUUAUGUAAUUAUGUAUACAGGGUAUUGUUUCAACUAAGUAUUCGGAUAAUUUCAAUUGAAAUAACUUUUUAUUUCUAUACGCGUGUACUCUAUACAAUCUUUGUGUCCAAUUGCAGGUUUAUUGAGAAUUCCUGGAAAAUAUAAUAUUUCUUUGAGAAGAUUUAUUGUAUAGGGAAACAAAAUGUUUAACAAGUGUCAUAUGAAUUCAUGAUAUUUUUCCGAUUUCACAAUAAUUAAUAGAAUAAAACAUAUUACGAGUUUAAUCGGUUUAGCGUCAAUUAUUAUUAAUGAAAAUAGUUAUAAAUUAUUUUAUCGAUAAAGUUCAAAUCCGGUACACAAAUUGAAUAUAGUUAUGUAUACCACGGUUUAAUAACAUGUGAAAGUCAAAUAUUUUGAGAGCAUAUAUAGAGCUGCUGUAUAUUAUAUUUUAUUUAGUGCGUGCGUUUUAUUUUCCUGUCUUUGACGUCCAAUUAUAAAUUAUAAUAAUAUACGAGUAUAUCCGAUACAUUAUUGUCGUCUAUUCGCAUAUAUAAUUAAUUUUUUAUUAGAUAAGUAUCGUUUAAUAAGGUACUUAGCUAGGUAUAAUUUCUAUAUGUACUCUCUUUUUAGUAUUUCUCUGCGUAAUGUAACAAUGGACUAAUUAACCUGUUAAUCCAAAAGGAAAUUGACCAAAAUAAAAUCUACCUGGUACUUAAUUUGAUAAUAUAAUAAUAUGCCGACUAUUAUAGCUGAUAUAAGUAUGCGUAUAUUUUUUUAAGUGCUUUUUAUAUAAAUUCCCAGAGCGUGUUUUCAUCGAAUUUGUACGUUCAUUUCCAUAUUGAUAAGGGCGCAUAAAUAGUAUAUACUAAAUACUAUUUAAUUUCGAUAAAAGUAUAAUAUGCAAAUUGUGGGUCAUUUAAUCCGGCAGUCGUUGCUAUAUAUUUAGUAUUGAAUUUAUGUGUCAAUUUAAACUAACAGGUCAGAUAAUGCAAUUACAUUACGUAGAACAUAAAUUGUAGUGAUUAUGUGGAAAUUAGAGUUUAAACACAAACAAUAAAAUUUUAAGAGGAGAAUAAUGUUGAGGGUAGUACGAUGUUAUUUUUCCAAAAUAUCUCCAAAUGAAAAAUAUAAGUAAAACAAAAUAAUCAAAAUCUCAGAACUUUUUUUGUCUGUCAAUAUUAGACUAUAUAAGACCAUCCUAAAAUAUUCUACAUUUUAAUUGUGGUUUUAUGUUUAAUUAUUCGUAGAAACGUCUAAUUUUAAUCGAUUUUGUUUUUUCUAUUGGGAAGAGAGGAAGGGAGCAUUAGAUUUCGAUUUUUUAACGAUAAUGUAGACAAAAUACACAAAUAAAAUAAGUUAAGAAAAAUAGUAAAACAUAUAAGUAGGGAAUAUUUAAACUCUAAUUAUAGCGUUUAGAAAUAUAAUUUUCAGUAUCCAAGUCCAAAGGGUCUUGUAAUAAAAAUCUUACGAGAACCCGUAAAGCAUGUUUUUGGGAAAAAACUGGUUGCUCACAGUCCUUCUUGAAUUGUAAUUUUAACCUAAAUGUUAAUAUAAACUUGAGGAUACGCUUUUUUUUUUUAUAUAAAAUUAUGUGUUUUAUUAUGUAUUUGUCACUGUUAUUUUAUUUAAUACCUAUAAUAUUCGAGUGAUCCAUGUAUUCGAUGCAUUCGAUCUAUAUUUCAUCCCAUAAAUACUAUUCGAACAAUUGUCGUUACGUUCAACAUAUUAUUAGUAUUAUUAUUAUCCAUAGUUGGUAUACGUUUUUUCGAAAAUUAAUUGUUUCUGCAAAUGCGACACAAACAGCACAGCAUAACACGUCAUACUCAUUAUACCGCCACACAACUAAUUUUUUUUUUUUAUAUAUAUAUAUACAACUUACGCGCUUAUUCAUUAUUUAGGUUCCGUAUGAUUAAAAGCAAACACAUAACCCGAUAAUCGCGCGUUUCGUAUGACACGUGAUAUCUAUAAUAGUAUUAUAUAUAAUGAUAUGUUGGUUAAAUCUCGUAUUUCAGGAGUAAAAAAAAAAACCAUGCCAUUUUUCAUAUAUACUGCAGGUAUCUACUUACUAAACUCGUGGAUCGUUUUUGCCAUAUAUAACGUUCGUGUUUUUUUGUUAAACGAUUUGAUCCUCUUCUGGAACGAAUUCCCGUUACCGACAUCAUAUAAUAUAACAUAAUCGUGUUGAAACAGUGAUAACUACCGGUUCUGCUUCCGUUACCGAUAAGCUGACUGGGGAAAAAAAAAAAUAAAAACAAAUGCUAACUCACGUAUUUUUAUGUAAAACAAUACCGGAUACGAGACUUAAUAUUAAAGACGAUUCGGCCGCCUCGCGGAAGUCCGUAAUGUAUCGGACAAAUUCAAUCGAAUCGUAUUGACUGUUAUAAUAAUCGAUGAAUGAGUCUGCGUUACGGAAAAAAACCCGGACGUAAUUAAAAUUUGUCUUGAUUCAAAUUGUCAAUUUUCAAUUGCGAUAUUUACGAAUUUUGUACUAUAAUUUGAACUUAAAAACUUACACUAAAAAAAAAUUGUCUAGUAUAUAGUCUAGUAUAUUUUUUUUUUUAUAAAAACGGGGUCCUUGUUGGCGGUGCGUUUGAGUUGGGGAAUAGGAAAAUUAGAAGAGUAAUUAGUAGACAACAGAGGUAUGAAAAAAGGUGGGGAAGACCGGAUAUGUCGGAGAGGAAUCUUAAAAAAAAAUUGAAAUAGUAAAGAAGGUAAACCAAUUUUACCGAAAAUAAGAUUAGAGAGAAAAAGGAGGUUAAAAAAGUGUCUGCUAUCAAAUAGGUUAGAUAGGCGUUAUUCUAGGAGGAUGGGAGAAUAAUCGUGAGUAGGGUGAAGAAUAUUGAAAUGAGAGGUGACUAAAGCGAGAAAUUUACGUUGGACACGCUUAAUCAUCUUAAUGUCGCAAAAGGUGGAAGCGUCCCAAAGUAUGGAUUCGUAUUCCAGGAUAGGACAUUCAAGGGAACACAAGAGAGAUUUAAAGGGGAGAAGGAGACGAAAUUACUGAGAGAAAUAGCUGAUGAACCCCAGGAGCUUGAGGGCUUUACAGCAAGAAGUUUCAAUGUUUUUUAGAGGGCAAAGAGUUGGAGUUAAGGCAAAACCGAAAUCAUCAUGUACAAACGGGCCGGAAUAUGCAAUUGUUUGGUUAUGUAUAAAGUAGGGAAAUUUUAAAGGGGUCAGAAUAUGAGAAAAGGUUAUGACUGUGCGGAAAUACAAAAACCUACUGUUUUUAAAUAUAUUUUGUUAUUUUCCGGAAAAAACUAUUGGGAACAAAAAACGCACUGAGCGCAGUGUCGGAAUAUUUGCGUAUUUUUUUUGUCAACGGUGUAAAAGCUACACGGAAAUUUGUACCGACAGUACACAAAUAAAGAGAUUUUCCAACAUCAUACAAAAUCGUUUUACCCGAUAUUGUUAAAAUCCGUCGUCUUUUCGCGUGGCCCUUGCGAGAGUGAAAUAGAAUGUCCACGUCAAAAGCUCCGAAUUAAUAUUUCAAGCGCGAUCGUCCCAGGACGUUUAAUAAAAUUAUAUUAAAUUAUCGCGGCCACAGAGGUCCCUCAUGUACCGUGUUGAGCGUUCGACAAUAUUUGCUUAGGUGCCGCGAAAAUAUGUUUUCCUGGUGUUAAUUACUAUCAGUUUUUUCAUUUUGUUUUUUUUUCAUUUAUGUAUAUUUUUUUUGCCCUCUCCCUCCCCCCGUAGAAUAUUAUGUUCACGAUACCCGUUGUAUAUAGGUAAACGCUUCGACGACGCACGAAUUUUUCCGCCAAUAUUUUAUUUUACCCGGUGACGAUUCACGCCUCCGCUACAACAACCGGCAGCUCUUCCGAUAUUAUGAACACGACGACGUGACAAUAUCACAGUAAAUAAUGGUACAGUGUGUAGGUUAACUAUCUCGUUUAUCAGCGGUGGCCAUUUUGAAAAUCGCGGUCAUAUUAUAAAGAAUAAAUGGCCGAAAAUGUUCGUAACGCUCGUAUUCCGACAUUUUAAACAUGACGUGUGAUAACCGUUUUAUUGUUAUCAGUCGCGGUAGUUUAUUGGGUAUCUUAUGAGAGGGCGGGGGGAACACACCGGAUCGAAAAGCCCCAUUGUAAAUUAACACAUAUAAGCGGAUAAUUUAAAAAAAAAAAAUGAAUAGCAUAACGUAUAAAAAACAAUAACACAUUAUUUUAGGUAAGUCAUCGUGAACUACUCAUCUCGGAAUUUUCUAUGUAUUAAAUGAAUUUUAUGAAAAUGUUUAUUUGUAAAUGAACUUUUCUUCCCCUCGGUUCGUCGUAUCGUUAUCAUUCGCAGUUUUAAUUGGCGUUAAUUGUUAUUAACAGUCGCGAUUUUUGGACCCGAUCACAGCCAGAUUUAAGACCGAUCGCAGCGAAAGCAGUUAAUGCAGAGGAGUUUUCCUGUUUUACCGUGUCAAUAAUAUUAUGUCGCCAGCGCGCACGCUCAGUUUAUCUAGGAUACGUUUUUUUUUUUUUAUUUUUAUCGUAACACGAAUUAGUAAUACCUGUAUAACGAACAGUUCCGAAGGCGGUUACCGUUUCGUAUAAGUUACCGAUGCGGUUAUACCUAUACGCGAGUAAUACCGCGGUCGCGUUCUAGGAACCGGGAAUUAUUUUUUUGCCACCCGCCCGCCCGGCUCGGAGAAAGGCGAAAAACUAGUUAAUCGAGUGAAUAAUAUUCGGCAAGGGCGUGGCUUAUAAAUAAAUAUAUAUAAUAAAUAAAUAAAUAAAUAAAUAAAUUCCAACAAUAGUGGGCGUGAUCCGAUUUAUACGUGUUUCUCGCAUUGCUGUAUGUUAUACGUUGCCCGCGGGUGAAAGUAUAAAUAUAUAUGUAUAUAGAGUGCAAUCAUAAUAUGCAUUGUGCAAACCGGUAUACAUGCGAUAUCGAAACGAAGUCGUACAUGCCGAACACCCUGUAUAUAAUACACACAUGCAUACAUAUAUUUAUACAUACGUAUAAAACGUAUGUAUACACACAUACAGUAUGAUUAUUAUACGCGUAUAGAGAAAGGCCGGUUACAUAUUAUAUACAUAUACCUGGUACCCGGACGUAUUUAAAAUAUUCACGGUCUCGCCGCCGCAUUUCUCACUGCCGCCGCCGCCACAAAGAUAGCAGACGGAAAUAUAAUGGAUCGCGGACACCAAUGAGUCGUACCUACGUUAUUCGUGUAGUAAACCCGUAAACUAUACGGAGAGCUGCAAAUCCUUUUUUACAAAAAAAAAAAUAAAAAUACUAUACGAUAUCGACGACAGCGACAAUCGGAAUAAUAAAAAUCGUCCCCGGGAAAACAAAAGUCCCCCUAAAAUAAUAUUCCCGACUCGCGGUAUCACCGUGAAAUAAAAGCUCAGAAAUCGAUAGUCGAUUAUAUAUCGACUGGCGGCACGACGGGUUUAUACAGAUGACGCGGAAGGACAAUGGAAAAACCUUCCCGACCUGUUGAUCCCAACCUUAUAUAGUAAUGCCGAUUCAAGGUAUUUGUCGGAUUCGUAUAGUGUCCCUGCAAGUAAAAUGCUAAAACUAAUAAUCGACGAAAAACCGCGAAUGAGAAUGGAAAACCUAUAACUUUCAUCUGCCAAAAGUUGAAUGAGCAAAAAAAAAAAAAAAAAAUAGUUCUAUGGAUUUGUACCAAUUUAUUUACCAAUAAUCACAGGUAUUAUAUGUCUCUUCUUGAAUUUAAACAUUUUUAAGGCGUUUUAAUGAUAACCGUUAAUUUCGAAUUAAAAAAAAACAUCAAUAAUCGAUUAAAUUUGUCAAAAGCGUGUUUUCGUACAAACUACUUCUCUUUUUCCUUUUUCCUAAUCUAAUAAUGUUAGAUAAAAGUUUGGGUAAAACUUGCAGAUAAUUUGUGUAUACAUUAAUUUUUUUUUCUUUUAAUGCAGCAACUAUUCGGGAUUUUAAGAGUGUUUGUUAAAUUUUGUUUUACUAUUAUUAUUUUUUUUAGAGGCGUUAAAUUCACAGCCUCACAGCCGCAAUAUGCACAAAUAAUAUAUUAAUAAUAAUAUUACUAUCUUAUCAUCUCGUACACGCCCAAUUUCCGAUGUUCCUAAAUAAUUUAUAAUAUUAUCUGCUUUUUCGACUGUUGUCGAUUUGCUUUAAAUUUACCAUAUAUGCAUUUAAAUAAUAUUAUUAUAUUAUAAUUUUUACACGCACACGUUCUUAAAAUAUUUUAAUAUUCAGUGUUUCCCAAUUUUUUAGUUUUUAGACUAUAUAUUCUUACGGAGAUUCUUCUAAUCGUUCUGUUUCUUAUACGGCGUAGAAUCGUCCGAAAUUUAAAUUAUCGAUUUUUUAAAUUUAAAUUUAAAAUUUGAAAAACAAUUAACGGUUGGGAACCACUUUCAACAUAGUACAAUCUCAAUUGAUCAAUUUUAUUGAACGAGGAUUUAAGUAAUGGCCUGAUGGUUUUUAAGUAGUGUACCUAUAUUCGAGUGAAAGAUUUCGUCUGCAGCAUUUAAAGGGUCUGUACUCGGCAUAUAGUAUACUAUGAUGAUUUAGUGUUUUAAAUCUCGAGUUUACAGACUUUACGGCUUUUAUAACGUAUUUCGAAAACAGUUUCGUUCGAAUAUCACUCGUCACUUCAUAAUGUGUCGAACAGGAAAAACGAGCGUGAGUGUGAUGAAUGCUUCCACAGUAUUAUAUAUACGCGGGCCAAUAAAACCUGUGAAGUUAAUGAAUUUUCGCGUAUGUAUAUAUAUUUAAAAAAAAAAUAAUGUUAUUCGUUUGAUAUUCAUCGACAUAAUAUAAUAUAGACAUGGAAAGAUUCCAAACGCGGUUGGAUGCCAAUUAUAAUGUGUAAAAAUCUAUAGAAAUUAUUUCGUAGGUAUUAACAUUUUUUUUCUUCUUUAAUCCAACAUUUAUACACUCGUGGUGAUACCAUCAAGGACAAAAGGUAAAAAACCUUUAUGAUUUUUUUUUUUUUUUUUUACUGGACACGUUGUUAAAAAAAAAAUCCAAAUUAUGCAUUUAAUAUUCUAUGUGGAACACAUAUGAUAUGUGAUACCUUUAUUAUAUUAUAUUAAUACUAAUAUAUUUCGUUUGGAUAGCUUUGCAAACGCGAUAUUUUACAAGUAGGUAUAUCUAUAUAGUAUACGCAUGUAUGUAAUAUAUGCAAAAAAAAACUAGUUUUUCCAUUUGCUCAGAUCGAGAAAAAAGUUUAUUCUCUAUUAGAUAUAUAUAUAUAUAAACGUGUAUAUUAUAAUAUAAUAUCAAAUCGAAACGAGUAAACCUUAAAAAUCGAAUAGAUUAACCGCAUAUUUUUAAAAUACCGCAAUGAUUUUUCUUAAUAUCGAUUUUAUAAUGGACUUGGGCUAUUAAUCUCAUUAGGUUUAGGAUAGGCUAUUUAGUAAUUACGCCAUUAAGACAUUUAUAACUGUUUAACAUUUAAUUUGCUUGUAUUAUUGAAAUCUGCAGUGUAUAUUGACUUGAAACAUUCUUUCUAAUUAUACAUAUUAUAAUGUAGGAAAUUGUCAAUCCUACAAAUACAAUGCAACCUAUAUACUACCAGCCGCAGAAUUUAUAGACUCGUAAUAAUUUGUCUCUAUAUAAUAUACAUGAUAAGAUUGGAAUUAAUUUUCGACAAAAUAGAUUAAAAAUAUUUUAUUUUUUAUUAUUAUUAUUUUUUUUCAUAAUUUAUAUACUUGCCCCCGCGCUGAUAUGAAUAAUUAAUGACUGCAGAUGCAGUUUCGAUUAAUUAUUUAUUAAUUUGUUUUAGAAUAAUUAUUAAAGUUAAAAAGCCCACGACGUGAUAACCCAUCUAUAUUUGCAUAUAAUAAAAAACUGAUGAUAUUAUUAUACAGUGUACACUGUACAUGUAUAUAUAUAUAUAUAUAUAUAUUUACUGUUAUAAAAAAAAAAAAAAACACGUAAAUGCUUUCAAUUUAAUAACAUUGUAAAUUAUACCUACCGAAUAAUUUACUAUAUAGGUAUAUUCUUAAAUUUGCGAUAUUGUAGAUUUGUAGAACACGUUCCUAACCUUUCUUACACGUAAAACGAACGAAAAAGCUUUUGAAAUCUGGGUUAGCGGUAAAACAUUUAUUAUGCACUUUGUAAACGAUAGUAUUUAGCAGACGGUUCCGCAUCGGUGUAUCAAUUAUUAUGUAAAAUACGAUGUGUGUCGUCUCGUAGUUAACCUUCGAUAACGACGAUGAGUUGAAGAAUUGAAAAGUCUUCGCGAAAUGUAUAAUAUCACCAUGUAACCGAUAUAGUAAAAGCCUUUUCGUUUGUGUUUUACAUGGGCACGUUAUCACAAUACCGUGAUAUAUAUUGCCCGUUCGAAGCAUUUUUUUAAUUUGUUUUUUCGUUUUUACAUCUGCAAGGAAGACGUUCUCGAUCGGCUUCCUGGUCGUAGCCUGCUCACUGUGCACUCUCGUGUAUACUAAUAAUGAUAAUAUUGUUUUCAAAAUAUAAUAUAACGUCCGUAGGCCAUUUCGUAUUAAUUAUUUUAUAGCGAUGCGAAAAAUAUUUUCAAAACAUCGCAGUUAUAGUAUGUAUAAUAUUAUCGUACGAAAUGUUAUUAUUUGUAACAUUAUGAUUUUUAAAACUGUCGUUUCGCGCGCGCGUACUAUUGAUAUUGAUUCAAAAAUACGACACGUUGUUUACAUUUCGUUUGCAAAACACAUCACGGUGUUCUUUUUUAGUGUUGUAUAUAUAAAUAUAUAUAUAUAUAUAUAUGAGUGUAUUAUAUCGACCGCGUAAAAAUCUGUUUUUGAAAUUUGUCACAUAUCGUUUUCGUAUGUAUUAUUCGAAUAACGGUUGCUUAUAAUAUAUAUUUUACAAUUCGUUACAAUUUAAAAUUUAAAAGUGUUAUCAAAAAAUACUAUCAGUUUUAAUUUUGUAUUAAGGGACCUGUUUUCUUCUCUACUCAAAACAUAGCUUAUAGGAUUAAAGCUUUUGAUUUUUUUUAAACAUUUUCUAUUUUUUGUUGGAAAAAAAACAAACUUGUUACAGGGCUUUGUAUAGACUUCGGUUUUUGAUUUUGUUACCAACAACUGCAAAAAAUUAAGUGAUCGCACGCUGUCCCAUUAAAUUAUGAACUGAUAAAAGCGGAUGAUUCUUAUGAUCGAUAUUCACUAAAUAAACCGUAUACAGGAAAAAAAAAAUAAUAACGUAUUUUAUACUGACGCGAGUAAACCCGAGUGGGUGGGUGUCAAAUAUUAUAAUACGAAUCGGAUGUCAAUUUUUCAACGUACACGUCGUGUGUAGACGGAUAGAUUAAUAUUUUUGAAGUAUAUACGAUGUUAUAUUGUCGAAUCACGAUGCGGUUUUUCAAGUGUAGCGGCGACAAUGGUGGUGGUCGUAAAAUGUCGCCGCGGGCGCUGUUGUGGCACUUUUUAUCGUUCGUCGAAAAUUUCUCCUUUUUCUUACACAGUAAAAUAUUAUAAUAAUAAUCAUAUUAUAUACCUACUAAUAUUUAUUGUCUAUAUAGAAUAAAUACGAGUGUAUAUUUUAUAUCUAUAUUGAUUGUAUACUCGUAUUUAUAGAUAUCGAAUUAAAAACGGGGUCAAGAGUUGUGUUUGGAGCUCGCAUUAUAUUUUUUAUUGUUCCGAUCACCUCUCGAACAUAUUACAUGAAUCACCUCCCGUCAUUUUUAAAUCGUCGGGAGUAACUACAUAAAACGAUAGAUAUGUAAUUUUCUAUGUACAGACAAGGGUGUAUCCUAUUUUAUUAAACAAACUUUUAUUAAGAAACAAAAGCUAGGAGCUUUUAACGCUGUUUCACUGACAUCUCGGGAAGCGUAAUAAUAAGUGUAUAAAUGGCGAAAAAAAGGAUGCAAAUGUAUAGACUGUGGAGCCGUUGUUACUUAAGAAAAUAAUUUGGUAUAAUAUAAUAUAGAUAAGUAAUGACUCAUACUACAUUAGUAUAACUCGAGUACGGGACAUUUUAAUAAUAAUAACAAUUACAAUAUAAUAUAUAAGUGCCUAAGUAUGACUCAUAAUAUAUUAUUUAUGGCUCGAGGGCGAGACAUUUUUUCCUCUCGUGUGGCCCGGAUGUGUAUUUACAGACCCUAUACCCGAGUUUGGUCCAAGUCAAAAAGUAGCUAACCGAGUUGGUUUUAGGAUUUAUUCAAAAUAUUAUCUACCUGUUGGUCCGAACAUGAUGACGCUUCGAGGAAGUUGAUGUUCCAAGUAUAAACCUGAAACCUAAUACCUAGUCGAAAACCACGUCGGAAUGCGUAUUUAGAUAUUGAUCGUUUAGACCGAAUUUGGAUCAGUGUAUAAAAUGUAUGUAAUUUGGCGUUUCUCUGCAUAUCUAUUUAAAUUUUAAAUGGAUAAUGUCGAAUAUCUUGCUGAAUUAUUAAAAAUUUGGAGCGGUUUUAAAAAUAUAAAAAGUUGUUUGAUAAUAAAACCAAGUAGAGUACCUAUAGGGGAAUGAACUGUUAAAAAUGAUUGUGUCUUAACGUUUUCGUUUUGUUUCACAGGAUCUAGGCGACGCACUGAGGGCCACGGACGACCCGACUGACUGGCUGAUAAUCAACAACAGCCGGUCAAAUUCUCACGUGGUGCUCAACGACCGUCUGAUAACCGAUGCACUGUUGUUGCGCGAUGCCCCGAUUAAGGCCGAACAUUCGUAUUGUACCACGCACGGAUCUACAGAAUCGUUGGGCGCUAUAGGUGAGUCACGUAUUUUAGUCGUCUUUAUAAUAAUAACAAUGCCUAAUGGCUAUAUAAAUAAUAUAGUAAUAUGUUUAUUAUAGUCCCCGGUGGAAUAAUUACGGGUAGAGGAGAAGGGUUCCGGGGUUAAUGGAUCUCCAAAGCCAAUAAUUAAAUCAGAUUAAUAUUCCUACAGUAUAUAGCUAUGUAAUAAGUACAGAACUUAUACGUGCAUAAGUUGUGUCGUUAUAGGUUUCCAAGUUGUGGCUAAAUAUUAUCCUUACAGUCAAGAUACUUUUGUGAUAAAUACUUUAUCAUAAUGAAAAACUGAUUAUUGAUGGGUUAGGUAUAGUUUGUUAUAGUCACUCAGGUGAUUAGACGGUUGGAAUUUACAUAUUAAUUUAAUAUUGUCAUAUUGAAACCCUUUAAAGCAUGAUUAGUUGCUCUAAAACUCAUACACGAAUAGGAUCCGUAUACGGAAACUGCCCUUUUCUCACUACUUUUUACAUGUUAGAAAGUUGUAUUCUCAACAACUAUCCAUAACGAAUCAGUUAUGUUAAGUGAAAAACAUUUACACAGUUCAUUCGUAUUAUACAUUGUACUUACCCUAUGUCCAGUGUUAAAAAUCGCUUGUGUCAUUAUAUAGACAAUUUAUCUUUUUUUUGAAUGUUUAACCAUAAUUUAUCAUAUUAUAUACGUUAAUACUAUUAAAUCUAAUUUAAACGUACCGUUUAGUGUUAUUUUAUGUUUAUCAAAUAAAUAAAAUGAGUAUUUGAAACGACGUCGCUGAUCGUGUUUUGCUGGCGGACAGAUUCGCCGCUGACCGACCGUGUCGUCACAGGAUUUAUAAUCUAACUAAGGGGAAAGAGGGUUGUCUGAUUGUUGAAGAUACAAAUUGAUCCGUCGGUAUGGUGCGGCGUUAAAACAGACAACUAUGGUGGCGGUACGGGUGAGAUAAUAUGUAUUUACUUGGAUAUCUUAUUCUACACGUCACUACUUCAGAUACCGAAUUGUAUAUAUUAUAUGUAUACUUUAUACAAUAUUAUUUAUUACAACAUCACGCAAUAUUAUCUUGAAAAUUGUCUUAUCGGUGAAAAAUGAAAUAUUUUCCAAAGUUUUCGCAAAUUCAAUUGAACAUCGUUCUCUUGUACGCACGUUUAUUGGAACGAAGUUUCGUUUACGGAUAUAUACGAUUAGUUUGAGAAUUAAAUUUUUUAUUUGUGUACCUAUACGGAAAUAUAGUGAGUGAAUAGUUCGUGUUAUAUGGAUUCUGUUCGUACGAGUUUGACGAUAGGGUUUCGGGUACGGAAAUGUUAUAAACUAUGGACCCUUCCCGCCCACCUCUAUCGCGAAAAAGUUGAAAAUACACCACUGGUAGACGCGCGUUCAUCGUCUUUGUAAUAAUAUUCGCUGUUUAUGUUCGUCAGCGGCGGUGGCGGCGUAAACGGCACAUUCUUCGCCACAUUCCUCAUAACAGACCGGUAGAACAAUAUAUAUAUUAUAUAGGUACAAAAUAAAAAAAUAAUAAUAAUAAUAUAAUGCACUGUGUUGCAGCGGCGGUAAGAUGAACGCAGUGAACCGCUUGCGAUAAUGGCGAAUAUAAUAAGAUAGGAGUGGGGCGGAGAGGCUCAGACCGACGGCUAUGAGUCGAAAGAAUAAUAAAAAAAAAAAUAAUAAUAAUAAUAAUAAUAACCCGUUACACGUUCCACUAAAAUCUGGUGUAGUGGCGGUGGUCAUUUAUUGUUAUUAUUAUUAUUAUUAUUACGUCGGUGUAAGGAAAUAACCACGAUGUUAUUUAUUAUAAUAAUCGCGUUAAUUUACGGAAAUAUAAAUGUAAUAAUUAUUAUUAGAAUACUAUUAAUUUGUUUAGCUGCUGCUGCAAUAAUUAUUAUUAGUCCGUUUAUCUAAGUUGCCCGAGGAGGGGAAAAAGUUAUCGGUCAUUGUAAUAUAAUAGUGAGGAUUUUCGAAUCGACCCAGAAAACACGACGUUCGUACGGCGUUUACGUAUUUAUAUUGUUUUUUUUUAUUUUUUUUUAUGGGAAUGUCGCGAAGUUUAUGAAUAAGAGCCGUCGUAGUAAUUUUAAAAUAUAGAUGUUAAAAAAAAAAAACUAAGGAAAAUUAUUAUAAUGUGCCACACGUGGCGCAGUAAAAAUUCCGUCAGUAUAGUUGUCGGAAACAUGAUGGCAACAGCAGUGCAAAGCAAAAGCAAAAGCGGAAAAAAAAUGCCACGACUCGUGCGCUCGCUUUAAUAAUUUUGCUCCGCACUACUCGACGGCUCCGACAACCUGUUGAGAACAUAUUAUCGAAUGACACGUGCGAUCAAACAUCGACAUCGGCGUUUUGACAUAAAUACUAUUUUCGUGCACGCGACCUAUAUAUUAGUAUUCGUUGUACCAAAAAUGAUUGAACUUUUUUCUCAGUUGUCGUCAUUACAGCGACGAGAUAUCAUCUAUUAUGUUUACCCGACUCGGUCUCAAUGUUGAAAUCGUGGUCUCUAUCCCCUCAAUCGGGUUUCAAAAUUCAAAUAAAACCCAUCUAUAUAUCGACUGGUUGUUAGGUUGUUUGAAGGGCUUAGUGCAACAGUAUGACAAGUCCACUUUCGAUAAUUGUUUAGGAGAAAUUAAAACCCAUCUAACAAUGGGGCUUAUAUUAUUUUUAUUCAGAAUUCGGCGGAAUCGGACAAUCCUUAUCACUUUUUUUCAAGCGUGGUGUAAAUGUUCAGAAUAAUUAUUAUAUUCCAGCUACCUAUAUGAUUUAGCUAUUCUGUCCAUAGAACAUAUAACAUUAGUUAAUAGACAAUAUAUUAGAUAUGGAUAAAUUCAUUUAAGACUUCACUGAGAAAAAACUGGAAUCUAAAUGUGAUUAAUGUUUUGCACCCAUUAACAUAAUAAAUGUUAUCAUGUUACUUAUUACUUAUAUGAUUAAUAACUUAUAUAUAUAUUUAUAUUUUAAAAAAGUAUUGAUUUAAAUAAAACCAACAAACUUUUACAAAAUGAUUAUGUAACAAAAAAAAAAAACAAAAUAACCCCUUACAUUUAUUAUAGUUUUUGAACAUUUUCAGAUCAUAAGCAUAUGUAGUAUACGUAUUUUAUUGUAGACAUUUUCCAUUUUAAAUUUUAUAAAUAAAUAUGUUUUCGAUAGAAAACAAAAUGAAAGUGCGUAAAUGAAUAAUUUAUAUUAAAAAAAAAAAAGAAAAGAACACGUUAUUCGGCUACACUAACGCACGAGAAUGGUACGGAAACAAUUCGACCAACGUCAUUCCUGAUACGAGAACCUCAGAAAAAAUAUAUUUAAUAAGAAAGAAAAAAACACCGUGUACGAAGGCGUACCCAAAAGAAACCAAACUGAUGUUGUGUGGGACAGAGUUUUAGUAGUACCGAUUUUUUUCGGUAGGGGCGUAUAAAUAUACUUCUCAACAUUCAAUAUACCAACGGCCGUCAUCGUGGAAGGUUGUGUUACAUUGGUGUGGUAUUUUUUUUAAAAGUUAUUUUUCGUACUCGUCGUUUUUGUAAUGGCUGAUUUGCGUGAACAGUGCGCGGCCGUCAAUUUUUGCUUCUUGCUCGGGAAAACAGGCACAGAAACCCUUGAGAUGUUGAAAACAGCUUACAAAGGUGAUGCUUUAGGGAAAANUUUGGGGAUGAGACGGGUGGCUGCAAAAUUUGUUCCUCGACUGCUAACUGAGCAGCAAAAACAAGGCCGCGUGGAAUCAUGCUCUUCUUUGAAAGAAGAAUUCCAAAAUGACCCAAACUUCUUUUCCAAGGUCAUUACAAGUGACCAAUCAUGGUGUUAUGGAUAUAAUCCUGAAACCAAGCAACAAUCGAGCCAAUGGAAGACUCCAGCAUCGCCUCGCCCUAAACAAGCUCGUCAAGUGAGGUCAAACAUUAAGACAAUGCUCAUUUGUUUUUUUGAUGUGAGAGGAGUCGUCCAUUCGGAGUUUUUUCCACUGGGUCAGACAGUUAACCAUGUAUUUUACCUAGAGGUGUUACAAAGAUUACGCAACAGUUUGAGGCGAAAAAGACCUGAUUUGUGGCAGUCAGGAGACUGGUUUUUUCAUCAGGACAAUGCUCCUGCUCACACAGCCCUUUCUGUACGGCGGUUUUUGACCAAAAAUGAUAUGACCACUGUGUCCCAUCCACCCUAUUCACCCGACCUGUCUCCCUGCGACUUCNGAUGUGAGAGGAGUCGUCCAUUCGGAGUUUGUUCCACCUGGUCAGACAGUUAACCAGGUAUUUUACCUAGAAGUGUUAAAAAGAUUACGCAACAGUUUGAUGCGAAAAAGACCUGAUUUGUGGCAGUCAGGAGACUGGUUUUUUCAUCAUGACAAUGCUCCUGCUCACACAGCCCUAUUUGUGCGGCGGUUUUAGACCAAAAAUGAUAUGACCACUGUGUCCCAUCUACCCUAUUCAGCCGACCUGUCUCUCUGCGACUUCUUUUUAUUCCCCAGAAUGAAAAGGAACAUGAAAGGAAAGCGUUUCGCGGACAUUGAUGAAGUUAAAAAAAAAAAACGACGGAGGCGUUGGCAGGCAUUACAAAAGAUGAGUUUAAAAAGUGUUUCGAAAAUUAGAACAAAGAUUGAACAUAUGCAUUAACUCCAACGGAGAGUACUUUGAAGGAGAUUAAAUGUUUUUUGUAAAAAAAUUAAAUUAACUUUGUACAAAAAUAGUUCGGUUUUUUUUGGGUACGCCUUCGUACGUACAUUCAGAUAUUGUCCCAAGGCUGAUUUGUGUAUAGGGAACAAUUACGUAUUAUUACAUUGUCACACUGUUUAAUUACCAAAUGAUUAUUGGUAUAUACACUGAAUUAUAAAUACGAUUAUUAACAUUAAAUAAUUAACAAUAUACAUUUCGAGUUGUGUACUAUUCAAGCGGCCAUGGCAACAAUAUUAUAAUAUCAUAAAAAUCCAUCGAUAGAUAAUGAAUUUCGGUAAAAUCGGCUUCGGUCCGAGAACUCGAUACCGCAUAAACAUAAAGGAUUUCAAAUAUAUACAGCCGAUUAUACAAUUAAAGGCAAUAAAUUAGGCUGUCUUCGUUCUAGUGAUUAUCAAUUACAUACAAUAUCGUCCACGAGUAUAUAAUAUUACGCAUAUUUACUCGUUAAACGUUUGUUCCGUUUUUGUUCACUUAUUAAUAUUAUGAUUACGAUGAGGACGUUACCGGUGCAUAAUAUUUUGUUGUCUUCGUUUUGUAAACAUCGCGACAUGGCGAAUUCACGUUCAGCACAACCAAUUUCGCACUGUUAUAAUUUUAAUAUUGACCUACUAUCGAACUUAAAGUGAAGACCAUUAACUGUGGUUUUUUUUCAUUAUUUUAGUUUCUUUAGCCAAAUACGAGCUUGUGAAAUAUCGUGAUUUAAAAAGUGCUUAUUCUCGCAUAAAAAUUAAGAUUCUGGACGGAGCGAAGAAUAUAUUGGUUUUACAAUGAUGUAUUUUUUUUUUCUGUAAACAAAUUUUCCACCAGAAAUGUUACUUCGAUUUUCAAGUGUAGCACCUUUUCUGAAAGGAAAUUUGACUGGAGUGAAAAUUUAAAAAAAUCUGUUAUUUUUAAAUCGUAAAUACUACGGCCUUUCAAAACAUGUAAAAUCGAACUUCGUUCAGAAUAGUUUUUCGUUAAUAAAGGUUAAUCAUUGUGUAUAGAAUAAUAUAUAAGUACAUUCAAUUCCCCUUUAUAUGUUACCUUCUAAACUUCUUAUCUAUGACAGUGGCCCACCCAUCGUGCAAAGUAUGUCCUAUUUUUUUUUAUACAUAUUUACUUUGAACUUUGUGAGUUAUAUUAAUUUUGUUGUUAACUUUCAACGAGAAGGCUUUUUUGUAUAUACAACUUGACUUGAUUAAUAGUUAAUUGUUUCGCUGUUGUAUAUAUAUAGGCGGUUUUAAAAUUUUCGAAAAGAAAAAAAAGAAAAAAUUACAAUUUGCUUUAAAAUAAGUUGACUGCAAAUGAUCCCUUGGUGUCGUUUUAAUUAUUAUCACAAUUUUGUAAUCGUGACAUUUGUUACUAUAUAAUAAUUAUAUAACAAUUAUUGUUGAUUAUUUAUUUAUUUUGGGGCUUUUCUUUUUCAGAUGUGGAAGACGACAGCAGCCAGGAUGGGACUUGUAAACUGACAUUCGACGAUGUCAGCAAUGACGGUACCGAUAACAUAGAAUUGAUCAGCAUCAAAGAAAUCAAAGAAGAUGAUGACUACGACACCCAGGAGGUGAACGUAAAAGAUGAACCGCUAAGUGAACCGGAAUACACGGAGAAUUCUUCUUGUCCGCCGUCCCCGUGUUCUGCGAUGGACAUAGAUGAUACUCCCAGACAUUAUGGCAAGGUAAAAGAAAAUAAAAUAAAAUAAAAUUUAUGUGAUUUUUUUAUAAUACCGGUUUUCGUUACGAUUUUUCGAUUAGUGCCUCUAUAACUAAACAUACAUACUUAAAACUACACACACACGCAGUAUGCGCGUAUAAUAAUAAAUUUGAUUAUUAUAAUUAAUUAUUUUAUUUUUAUUAAACAAUAUAUACAUAAAUAUAUACAUAAUUAAUAAGUAGGUACGGAUUUUUGUUACGUUGUAAAGUUAGUAAAAAAAAAAUUUUAAUCGAUUACUCGUCCUUGGUAAAAGAAAAAAAAACACCACCCGUGAGCAGAAAAAUUUCGUCAUUAAAGACAAAUUUUUCUGUAUUGCCGUUACAAUAUUUUGCACGAUUUUUUUUAUCAUGUAUAUAUACUUCAUUUAUAAAAUAGUGACUGUUGCCAAAGUUUUAUUAUAUUAAUUACAAUUUUAUUUUGGUUUUUAAAAACACUAUGACACCCAUUGACGACGUAAACCCCCUCUCCUACCCUACAUCAUGAUUUACUAUCCCUCCGAACUUGUAACUAUGAAAAGUAUUCUAUUACUACCUUCCGGUAACAAUAAGAAGUCGCAAAAGUUUUAUCAAAAUAUUAUGUAAAAUAAUUCUUAAGAUUUUUAUUAAAUUGCAAACAAACAGUGACAGUGAGGGUUGGAAGUUGAAACCUUAUAAAAACACACUCUCACAAUAAUGCAAUAUAUAUAUACAUAUUUUGACGCCGUUACUUCGAUGAGUCUGUAGUAUUUCAAACUUGAUAUUUCUUGUGAAAACAUGAAAUUUGAUCAUACAAAUGGUUGUGUUAAAGAUUGUUAAAACAUAAAAAGCAGAUUUUUGACACUUAAAUCGUUUAUGCACAUAAUUUCAUCCUGGUUCCAUUCGGGGUCUGUAGAGGUGUACAAAGCUAAAAUACAUUCUUCUCCCACAACAAGUUCAUAUUGAAACUCAACUAAAGUUGAAUUGCUUCAGUCUGUCUAUGAAAUAACUGAUUCCCGAGUUUAAGUUUAUUUGCUCCAGAGGGAGCCACUAAAAGUACCGAGAAAUUAUAACAGACCCAAAUAUACAGUGCAAUUGUUUCUUUUUUCGAAAAAUUCGAUAAAAAAAAAAAAAAACAAAAAAGUUAAGUGAUAGUGUUUAUGGGUGUGUCUACAAUAGGUAGGUGGGAGGUUUAUGUAAGGGUGUUUAGUAAGGAACAUGCCUACACACCUUCACAACGUGUAUAUUUGUAUUAUAUUUAUAUUUUUUAUAUUUCUAUAUUGAAUAUUUAAAUUUCCAUGAUUUGAAGAAACAAUUGCAGCAGUGAAAUUGUAUAAUUAUAUUAACACAGAUUAUCUAACGCUUAUUUCAAAUAAAUAAAAUUAUUUAAAAUUAUAUCUGCGCAAUAAUAAACCGUUCUUUCAGAACAAAGUUCUGUUUGACAUAUUUUUAAAUUCCGUGAUUUUUUUCGAUUUUUGUCAAAAUUUUAACGUAAAAUGCUUAUGUAAAAAAAUUACUACAUUACGCUCAACUUUUUAAACAUCAAAUGCAACUUACGAUGAACCUCGUUAUGAAUUUUCAAACAUUUUUAAACAGCGCACAUAAUUUUAUCUAUAAAAAAAUCAAACAAAAAAAUGGAAAAUAUCAAAUGCCUAUAUAGAUUGCUAAAAAAUCACCAGGAUAUUUUUAAAAUUAUAAGUAUUUUGUGAAAAUGGCAGGUUUCUAAGAAUCAUGGUUAUGUUUAACCGAAGAAUUUUUUUAAAAAAAUAAUGAAACCGUUAUUGUUUUUUUCGUGAGCUUUCCCGUUUUUUUUCUGUUAUUAAAAAAAUACAGGGAUAAUUAAAAAUUGACUCCCGAAAUAAUACAACCACUAGAUUCAUAAUACUAUAAAAAUGUUCGCAUAUAUCAUAGUACAUAGUGUUUUAUAUUCAAAACUGAGCGUAUUUUUCAUUUUUAAAUAAAAUAUUGUUUUUUCUUUUUUUAAAUCACAAUGCGUGUGCUGAAUUCGAUUAAUAAUAUAAAAAAUACAUAAAAAUUUACAUGUAGGAAAAACAUGAAUCUGUAUACUAUCCAUAGGUAUUCAUCAACCUUGACCAUAUUUUUUUAUACAUAUAUGUAGUGUUUUUUUUUUUAUGAACUAGUGAUUUUCUUUCUCGGAGGAUUUUUAGUGAAUUUGAUUUCUAAUUUUUUAAUCGGAAUCGUUUCAGCUUUAUUAUUAAACAGUUUUUAAAUUGUUACCCUUAUUCCAUAUCCCUACUUUAAUAAGUAUAUACUUUUGUUUUUUUAGUAGAAAUCCCCUUUGGAUAUAUUGUUGAAUAGAGAAUAUCUUUCUAGAAAUGUUAGUAUGCAUAACACUAAUAUCAGAUUUAUCGUUUAUGAGUUAUAACUGUUUAAAAUUUAGACCGGAGGAUUAGUGAUAGGUAACAAAUUACAUAUUAUUUAUUUUUAAAUAAUAAAUUGAAAACACUAAACUCUCUAAACUUUAAACGGUUUUAACUUGUAAACGGUAAAUCUGAUAUUAGUGUUAUAAUGCAUACCAAACUUUCUAGAAAAAUAUUCUCUAUCUAUUUGCAUCUAUUUUCAAAAAAGUGUGGGUUGCUAUUUGAAAAACGAAAGUGUAUACUUAUGGCACAUGGAGUAGGGGUAAAAAUUAAAAAAAAGUUUUUGAAAUAAAACUUAAACGAUUCUAAUGUUUUAACAAAAAAAGAACAGAAAUUGCAAUUUCAUUUGAAAUCCUCCGGGAAAUUUGCUGGUAUAUUUUAAAAAAAUUAUCCUGUAUAUAUAUUUUUAUAAAACGUUGAGAUAAAUAACGUACAUUCACGGGCGUUUAUUGCUUUUCCGUAGCUUUAAGGUCAUAUAUAAUAUAUAUAACUAUAAAUAAAUAUAAGCACAUAAUAUUUACAUCCAUAUAUAAAUAACACUUAUCCCCCCCCCAAACAUAACUAUUAUGUACAUAUUUUGAUUAAUUCUGUGUAAAACCAGUAAUGUAUUGAAUUUUUACUAUGAUGUAACUUUUUUUCUGUAUCUGUAAACAUAUUUUCUUCGAGAAAUCUUGUUCAAAUUAAAAACUUUAUUAGAACUUUCUUGUGGUAUGUUUGAUUUUGACCGCGGAGGUCAUUGUAGUUUUCAUAAUAAAUACGAUAAACUAAUCAUUUUUUUUGUGUAUAAAGGAGUUUCGUUGUUGAUUUCUGGAUUACUUUGGCAUCAAUGGAAAAAUGUGACUAAAUAUACUUAACUCAGAAUCGUUUUUCGUUACCAAUUCGUUAUCAUUUCAUACGAAUAUAAAUUAAUUCACUCUCUAUAUAAUAGUAUAACCUUUAAACUACCCUCCUAUAACAGUGGUACACCCAUCACCGGCCGUAUCGGUCUUUUUACUUGUAUUAUACUAGUUUAUUAGGAGAAAAUAAAAUGUUAAUAAUUCGCCGCACUCUUGCAGUGUAUAAAUAGGUAUAUAGUAAAAUAAUUAUUUCAAAGCGGAACCGCGCGGCGCGAACGCGACCGAACGAAAUUUUACCGAUAUUGUAAAACGACAGUUCCGAGAAUUAUCAUUGGAAAAAAGAGAGAAUAUAGAAUAUAUAUCUAUUAUUAUUAUUUUUUUUUUUUGCGGGGUUUUUUCUUUCUUAAUUUACAUGUAACGGCUCCCAUUAACCGUGGCGGCAAUAAAUAAUAAUACAACACGAUGACGUCACGUUUCCUGAUGAUCGAGAGAUCACGAUUUAACCGUAUAGAAAAAAAAAAAAAAUAGUACCCAUAAUAUAACGUUAUGCUUAAUAUAAUAAUAUUUCGUAAGACCUAUCGGUUAGUCGGGUUUACUGAAUAAAUAAAUAUAUAUAUAUGCAGGUGCCUAUGCGGUUGUUUAGUCAGUAGGUAAUAGCAAUACACACACACACACACACACACACACACACACACACACACACACACACACACACACACACUGAAAAUCAAUUUCAUCAGCUGCUAUAUAAUGUUAUAAUCGGCAAGACAAAUCAAUAUUCAUAGACGGGGUUUUUCACGUAGUCGUUCCCCCUCCUCCCUCCCCCCCGAUAUUACGUAGUGUUGUUGUUAUCGGCCAAACUGACAACUUUAAUAGCUACUGGCCGGCUCUGCUAUAUUGCUGUUACCAAUGGAGUUUUAUUUCUCUCUUAUAAAUCAUUAACCACGUGUUUAAAUUAUACAUAGGUACGUACCCGCUUCGUCUUAAUAUUAUAAUAUUAUUAUUAUAUUUGGCACUUGACACUAGAAACACGUCCAAUUGGACCGACUAUUAUAAUAUUAAAUUAUAAUAAUCACAUCGUAUAUCUAUGAUACAUAUAUGUACGUAAGAAAAAAAAAAUCAUCACUGAGAUAUAAAAUUAUAUUAAAAAUUAAAAUCAAUGUUUUCAAUGCGUAUGAAAAAUGUACCCGCAGAAUUAAAAUUUGGACAUGUUGGAAGUAAGGAUAUUCAUAGUACACGGGGAUUUAAUUUAUAUCUGUACUCAAAGAUAAAUCAUCGCUAACGGAAAGCGAUUUUAAGCUGAGCAUUAUUAGUCGUAUUUUCCCCCUUGUUGACAAUAAGGUAAUUCAUAAAUCAUUAAAAAUUUUGCGAAAAAAAAAUAGCCUUAACGCACCGCUAAUCGGUGCGUUAAUCACAAAUAUUCCAAGAAAGUUCCUAUCCAAAUUUCAAGUCUACGAAUAUUUUAAACUGAAUCACAACAAAAAACAAAAUUGAUAAUAAUAUAUUUCGUUUUUCGCACGUUUUCCCUUUUAUUGGGAAAACCGCCGGGAAAAUCAGAAAAUGAAUUCUCUAAAGUACCACCCAGUUAAAAUUCCCCUUCAAUGAAGAUGUUGCACUUAAAAUCGGAGCAAAAUUUCUGGUAGAAAAGUUGUUCACAGAGAAUAAACAUCAUUUCAAAACCAAUACAUUUUUCACUUCUAAUCUCGGUCCUCAAAUCUAAAAGUAUGAUAAUAAAAUAGUAAGACCCUCACGUUUCGCCCAGAACCUAUAAAGGUUAUGUACGGUUAUAACGAUGUUUGAUUACUCAAAUGUUUGGUUACUCUUUAUGCAGUUACUCAAUUACGGCACUUGUCCCGCGCAGUAUAUAAAUUGGUUUGAUAAUAUUUGAUAUUUUUACUUCGGUAACGCUCUCGAUAGUUAAUUAUAACCGAUAAGUAUAAGUAUAAAAAAAAAAAAAAUUUUUUAAAUAUUUGUUAUGUAAUGAAUUUGAUGACCAGAAAACAUAUUAUAAUAUAUUGUUAUCGGCAUCCCGACGGCGGACGAUUAAAAUUCUUAUAAAUCAAUUUCGUUUAGAACAUCUAUAGUUUUCUAUAUAAUUAUUAUUAUUUUUUUUUUUUUAACAAACCGAACAUCGGACGAAAAUUCGAAUAAUAUUAAUAAGCGUAAAUAUAUAGGAACAGCGAACCACAGCAAUGACGGACGGUUUUAUUAUUAUUUUUAUUUUAUUAACACAAUAUUAAUCGGGUUUAAUUGGACGUAUAAUUUACUUAGUGAUUGCAAGAAACCAAUUUUUCGAUUCAGAUUUUUCUGUAUAAUUAUCUUAAUAGAUUACCGUUUUUGAAUUAUUCUAAUCGCUACGUAUUUUUAUAUUUUAUUAUACCGUUACAAUAUAGGUUAGCCUCGUGUGUUUGCGGAGGAAUUAAUUGGUUUUAUUUGUAUAAACAUUAGUGUUUUUAUAUUCUUUUAGACUUUUAAACAUACCUAUGUAAAAGUGUUACAAAUUUUUUUAAAAAAUCACCGUUGCGUACAUCGAAGGUAUACGUAAAACGCCUGCAUGUGUUUAUUUUACACCGCACUCGUAUAAUUCGUAUAAUAUUGUCAGAAUAAACAUUUAUUGUGUAGAAACCGACUGUUAUUAUAAUGGCGUUCAGUUUUUUUUUUUCGGUUACUUUACAUAUCGUAUUGUCGACAAUACGGCGGCACGAACUAUUACUAUACAGCGUGAUUCUGUAUCGACGAUUAUCUACGAAGAAUUAAAAUUAGAAUGGACACCUCAUUUGAAUUUACUUGAAAUCUCCGAUUCGCGAUGAUAGUAUAGGAUCGCGUUCAUGUAUAAUAUAGCUGGCAUGCGAAUAUCGAACGAAAAACAAAACUACUCAAUCAUAAUAUUAAUAAUAUUAUUGUGUUACAGGUACGAAAAACUAGUUACUGUCAAGAACCCACCACGGUCGUUUUGACCUCCAGAGCUUUCCUCGGCCAGCCACACAGAUUAAUCGUACCGAACUUCAAUGUGAAAAUGGAAGGCACAGGUAACAUACCAUAACCAAGACCAAUAUUUUAUCAAUCUUCAGUUAUAAGUGUCCAAUUAACAGGUCUCAGAACUCAAAACUAACUGAAGAUUAAAAAAAAUUUCGAUUUUAUCAAUCAUAUACAGAGUUUAACAGAACUAUUUAACAAAUAAUAAUUUUUGUUUUAUUAAAUAUUUUUAAGGGGGUUUUUUUUAAAAUAAUUAUUAUUAGGUAUGUACCUUAAUGCUAUAAUUAAAAUUUAAAAAAAAAAAAUAUAUCGAUAUAAUCAUUUUGUAAAUCCGAUUUUAGUCAAGUCAAUUAUUUUAACAAUUUUUAAAGUUUUAUAAAAUACAACAUUUUUUACGUGCUUAAAUUUUCAAAUGGUUUAUUCGUUUUUUCCAUGAAAUGUUGCACAAUUUGAUAAUAUUCUACUAAUUAAAGCUGUGAAUUUAAUAAACGCUUAUCAUUUAUUGUUAAUUAAUUUAGCAAGAAAAAAAUUUGAAUUUUAACAUAUUUAAAAAUUAAUAACAUAAUCUAAUUGAUAGUUUUAAACACCUACAUAUAUAUAAAAAAAAAAAUUAUAAAAUAGCUCUUGGUUCAUAAAAAAAAAAAACUAUUUUUUAUUUUUAGUUCAAUAUUCAAUUGAAAAUAAGUUAUUAUAUUUGUUAAAUAAAUAUUUAUGUUACACUGUCUAUUUAUUCUGAGAUCCAUUAAUCUAGGGUAUAACAAUAUGAAUACUAAUUUACUAUCAAAGUGAAUUAAUUGAUGUUAGUCAUAUCAGUAAUAUGGGCAUGUUACCAUUAAGUAUGUAACAAUAUUAUAUUAUAAUCAAUAAUAUUGCUAAUUUCAAUCAGUGACUUACUGAUCAUAAUAUAUUUAAUACACUAUAAUAUAUCAUAUUGUUUCCCUGGUAAAAUUCUAUUGUUUUAAUUUAAUUUUAAAUUUACUUUUGUGAAAAAAUAAUCUUUAAAUAAUCAAUAAGAAUAAGUAUAAGUUAUGAAAUAAAAUAAAAUCAAUCAAAAUGUAAUUAUUUGACAAUAUAAUGUAAUAAUAUUGAUCCUAAUCUCUUGGUAAACUCUUUAACUGGCCAUAUAUCUGAGAUUAAUUAUUCUGUGGGCGAAGUCCAGUUAAAAUAUGUUAACCGAGUUAUAAUAUAAUCGUAUUUCCAGUUUAACUGGUGUUUAAUAUUAACUGGCGCUUAAAUUCUCUUAACUGGAGAUUGAUAAAAUGGUUUUAAUAAUAAUAUUAUUUUAUACCCACGUAUACUGUAUAGUGUCCAUUUACACCGAUCUGUAUAUAAUACGUUUUUCUCGACACGGCGGUUGACAUUAUAAUAUUAUUAUUUUACUGACUGUCGUCUCGGCCCGCAGGUUUUACACUGCCGCCCACUCCGCCUUCGUCUACGUCCAGUGACAACGAGGGCGGUAACGUAUCGCCGCACCACCGGCUGUCGCCCACUCGGCGGUUGUUCCUGUCGUCGCAGUCGCCGUCCUUGUCCUCGGCAGUCACCACCAGCAGCCGGCAGUCUAUACAGACGCCACUGAUCAGCAAUCAGCCGAAGAAUUUUACCGGCCCCCUGACCCUUACUGAAGAGGAGAAACGUACCCUGCAGGCAGAGGGUUACCCGAUACCCACCAGGUCGCCGCUGACCAAGGCCGAGGAAAAGUCGCUGAAAAAAAUCAGAAGGAAGAUUAAAAACAAGGUAAAAAACUUUGUUAAAUUUUAUUAUUUACCCACGUAUUAUUGUCAAUUCGUUUUUAAUUUUAAUUAUUAUUGUUUAUAAUAGAUAUCAGCCCAAGAAAGCCGACGCAAGAAGAAGGAGUACAUGGAUUCGCUGGAGAGGAAAGUCGAAAUUCUCGUCACCGAAAACAGCGAGUAUAAAAAGAAAAUAGUUAACCUCGAAGAGAGCAAUGGGUCUCUUGUCCAGCAAUUGCAAAAGUUGCAAAAAUUACUCGGACUGCAAGGGACACAAAUUGUAAGUUACCCAUUUUUAUUCUUAUUCUAUACAAUCUGUGAUUUCACGGAUCCUUAAAUUAUUUCUUAAUUUUUUUGACGGUCUGUAUUCUUUUUUCUGUAGGCGUCUCGGAUAGGCAAUAUCGUUGCAUACGUGUAUUGAUUCACGCGUAUUUAUUAGUUUCUUUUUAAUUUCUUAUCCAUUUAUUACCACACUACGGUACACGGUUCUAGUAUAUAAUUAACAAAAUAAUGUUUUGUUGUUAUUAAUAUUGAUAAUUAUUUUUUAGAUUCUAAUCGUAAAAGGAAUUUGUUGAUUUUAUUACUAUGAUAAUUUUGGAUACAAUUUUUUUGGUUUCUAAAAAAUGAUCUCAAACUUAAUGCAAGGAUAAUCAUAAGUUAUUCUUAUAGUAAUAUAAAUGUAUACAUCAACAAAAUCAUGGUAUUUUGCAUACUAUUUUCCGAUUUAUAUGCAUUAAUAUUGUUAACUCCAUAAAUAUGUUAAACAAUUUGAAAUAAAUAACCAUGACAGUAUCAAUUACUUAAUAUAUCCUGCAGUGACAUCAUUAAUGUACUGCCUUUUUUUGUUAGCAUACAUAUCUCAAUGUGUUUGAACAUUUGAAUUUGAGCAAUUAUACUUAGUAUAUCUUGCAGUGACAUCAUCAAUGUACUGGCUUCUUUUUUUUAGUAUACAUAUCUGAAUACAUUUGAACAUGAUUUACAUGUAGACUAUUUAUAUGUUACAGAGUCAACAGCUGCUGAAGACCAAAUGAAUUACGUACUCGCCAGACGGGAUACAAAAUAGUGUACAUAAUGAAUUAAUGACCAAUGGUGAGUAUAUCAAAUUGUAUUAUAUACCAAAGCAUACUCAUUGUACUUAAGUCUGGAUUGAAGGUGAUCCACGACUGAACUUGAAAUUUGUGUACUCUGUGUAAAAUUUGGAUAUUCAUUAUUGGCUACAAAAAUGUUUAAUGAUGAUUGGGUGGUCGUUUUAUGAUGCUAUUCUUAUCUGUACCAAAAGCUGUGAUCAUAGAUACUGUUAUAAUGCUAUAACACUAUCUGUUAUUUGCGCAGGCGUUCUGUACUGUCAGUAAUUUGAAUCCAGAGAUGUUGUGAUCUACUCAUCUAGGCUAUUUAGCUAACAAUUUUUAACUUUUACCUAUAAAUAAAUCAUUCUGAAAAAAAAAACUAUCUUAUCUAACCUAUUUGAAAAGCAAAAAUUGUUUUUUCUUUGUAUAUUUAUAAUGUACAGAAUAUGGCUAAAAAUAUUUAAAAUAAUGUUGAUAUAUGAUGAUUACAGUUUUAUAACAGUUAAAAACAAAUUAAAAUGUAUUCCAAAAAUAUCUUUGUAGAUUACCGCUGGUUUUUAUGAUAAAAAAUGAAUCAUUCUGUAUAAUUGUAUGCAUAGGUUUUCAACUUUUAUUUUAGGUACAUAUUAUAAUGAAAUUAAUAAUUUUAGACAUUAUUUUAUUCUGUUUCAGGUGCAAAUACAAUAAGUUUAAGAGUUUUAGUUCAAUGUUGACUGAGCUUAGUCCUCGGUUAUUACCAAUUAUUGCAUUUCUACGAGUUACAUUUUGUGUUGUAUCUAUUAUUAUUUACGUAAUAUUUAUGACACUGCACCUGCAAUUAGUGUGACGAUGAUGAUCAUUGCAUCGAUCUGACAGCAAUUGUAUUGGAAUGACACAAAUUGAUUAACAUAAUAUUAUUGUUUCUGUUGGAAUUUUGAUUUAAACGCGAUAAUAUAUAAUAAUAUAAUGCAAAUAAUAUUGUACAUAAAACUUUGGGUGCCUUGUGCAUAAUUAGGUAAUUGUACUAUUAUAUUAUGCGUAGGGAAAUUACAGUAUAAACAAAUUUAAAAAACGACUGACAAAUAGGAAAAUGAAAUAACAUAACACCAAUAUUAUUUAUUAUUGGAGAAAAGUGAUGUUGUUUUUGAUACUGUAUAAUAAUAAAUCAAAAAUAAUUAACUUUUAAUCUCAUUACUAUUGCUCGUUGUAAGUGCCAAAAUUAUGUAAUACCUAAACAUACUUGUAAAGUGUUUUUUUUUUCUGUGUGUCCACCACACUAUUAUAUAGUAGAUAAUAUUAAAUAAUUAGAGCACUUAGUACCUAACCAUUUUUUUUUUUUUUUUUAUCCAGCACAGUUUUUCUAAACUAACAUAUUAAUUAUAUCAUUUAAUAUUAAUUAAUCUAUUCUUUUCAACAUAAUGUCUUUUAAAUUUUCCUUUAUCAAUAUUAUUAAAACAUUUUUCUAAAUUAUGUAAAAAUAGCCAAAAUAUACAGUUAUUUUUUGAAAAGACUAACUUUAAAAAAAAAUAAGUCAAAUUUUGAUAAAAUAAGAUUAAUUACUUUUAUCCGUUCAGAGUCCAAUUAUUUUAAAACAAAUUAUUUGUUAUAUUAUCAAUAAGUACUUACUAAAUUCAAUAAAAUGGCUAAUUUUGAUUUUUUCAGAAAAAUGUUUUUAUAUUUAUUUUUCAAAAUUCAUUUUUUUUAUCAUAUUACAAAGAAAGAUUUAUAUAAAUUUUGCUAAAAUAUUUUAAUUACAUUAUGAUAACCAUGGUUAGUGACUUACCUACCAUAUUUUAGUGAAAUAUGUUUUGUCUUUGAAACGACUAUGUUAUAAUAUAAUAUGAUUUAUAUGUGAUUAUGAAACCUAUAGACAAAUAUUAUUAAUAAUAAAACCAUUUUGUUGAGAAGUGUUUUCCUAGAGUAUAAUAAUAAUAAAAAUAAUAAAUUUAUUGUACGAUUUUUCGCAUGUACCUAAGGUCAUAAAUUAAGUUGAUUAUAUUAUAUUUUAUCGAAUAUAUUGUUGUAAAUAGUAUUAUAUUUAUGUGUUUUGAUUAAUUUUGUUGUUAAAUUCAAUAUAUAUUUAUAUAUACAUAUUAUAUAAUAUAUAUUUUUAAUAUUUUUUAGUUGAAUUAGUUAAAUUUUAAAUAAUUUUCUGAACGUAAUAUAUUGAAAUUAAUUAUUUUUGUUUUUUAAAAAAAUAUUUUUGUAUAAAAGACAUUUAUAUUAUAUUUUAUGUGCAAUUUUUUUAGCAGAUUUCCAUUAGCACAUAAUAUUAUUUUAUGUUAUAACAUGUAACACUUGUUUUUUUUUUUUUUUUUUUUUGUAUUUAUUUAUUUUAUUAUUAUUAUUAUUAUUUUUUUUUUUUUUGUAAUAAUAUUGGGGUAGCACGUAUAAUAUAUAUAAUAUAUAUAUAUAUGUAUGUAUGUAUGUGUAUAUAUAUAUAUAUAUAUUUUAUAUAUAUGUUUAUGUAUACUCAGUCAUCCCGAAUUAUAAUUGCAGGUCCAUUUUUUUAUUAGUGAAUAUUGAAGGCAAAUCAUAAGAAUUAUAAUUGACCGAAUAUUGUGCUCAUAAAUAUUUUGAAAUUUUGUUUCAUCAGAGAAACUACCUGUACAUUAUUAUAUUAUACUUAAUCCAUGAUUUUAAUCAAUAUGAUUAUUAAUACCGUAUAUUAAAUUAUAUGAGAAUUAAUUAUAUU